AUGCUAAGAAUAAAAGAAAAGAGCAUUCCUGGCUACAGUGCAGAACCAGAGUUCCACAGAUCACAACAAGACAGGUAGAGCUUUUCCAUCUAGGGUGACAUUUCAUCAACCUUCUCAAAAAUACAUGGAUAGGGAACCUGUGGCCCUCUGAGGUGUUGCUGGACUACAACUCCCAUCAUCCCUGACCAUUGGCUGGCAUUGAUGGAAAAAGGAGCCCCAAUCGCACCUUCAAAGCCACAAAGUUCCUGCAUUAAUGCUUCUAUAAAGGUAAAGGUAAGGGGACCCCUGACCAUUAGGUCCCGUCGUGGCCAACUCUGGGGUUGCGGCGCUCAUCUCGCUUUGUUGGCCAAGGGAGCCGGCAUACAGCUUUUGGGUCAUGUGGCCAGCAUGACUAAGCCGCUUCUGGUGAACCAGAGCAGCGCACGGAAACACCGUUUACCUUCCCGCUAGAGUGGUACCUAGUUAUCUACUUGCACUUUGACAUGCUUUCAAACUGCUAGGUUGGCAGGAGCAGGGACCGAGCAACGGGAGCUCACCCCGUCGCGGGGAUUCGAACCGCCGACCUUCUGAUUGGCAAGCCCUAGGCUCUGUGGUUUAACCCACAGUGCCACCCAUGUCCCAAUGCUUCUAUAGAGCACUUCAAAUCCAGCCAUGUAUGGCAUUUUGUUUUGUUUUGUUUUUUGCAGCUGGCAAGCCCUGCUGUAAUUUCAGAGACGUUAUUAUUACGGGCUACAGUGUAAUGGAAUGUUUCGGGGAUUUUGUUCCAUGGUAGUUUGCAGAGAAUUCGAUUGUGUGCCGUCAUUAGACGUGCAGCGCAAAGGUGGGGAAACUCCUUGCAAAGGACCCAAGGCACAGGCGUGCUCUGCAUAAAUGUGUGUUGCUUUCUUACUUUAUAUCCGAUGAUUGAUAAGGCGAAUCGCAACACCGCCUUUGUGUUUGCGUACCACGCCUAUUCCAUACACCUCCAGCCAGCUCAUGAACAACUGAUUCACAAAUUAUAGUCCCUCGCUGGCACUCUGCCACGGCAAUAGUAUAGAAACAAUUUAUUGCUGUGUCUUUUCCAAUCUUGUAACAAAACCAGGCAUAGCAAGGAGCUUGUCCAACUCAUGUUGAAAGUAAUUGGGCCUUUGCCACUGAUUUUGUUUAACCAGAGCAAGGUGGGAAACGGCGCUGAUCUUAUUUAGUUUGCCUCCUCCUGGCGAAAUAUUUUGUGUGGGUGGGUGUUGCAUCAUGUCAUCUUAUUGUGCACUUUCUAUCACCUGCUGGCUGCUGUGAUAGUCAUAAUUCCUAAUGCUGUACAGCUGGCAAAGAGAGAAAAAGCAAGCUGGUCAUCGUAAAGUCACAUUUGCUUGUCAUAGGUGGGAAAUAUAUAUCUUCUGCCCUGUUAGAUGGAUUUAAAAGGGUAAGUUACGCAGAUGGAACAGCAUCAUAUUAAAUUACAUAUUCUACGGGUUAAAUGGAACUGUACUAAAUUGCAUAAUAUUAUAUGGGUUUAACUGAAGUGUAUUAAAUUACAUAACAUUAUGGACUUAGCUAUACAGCUGCAAAUACAGUGGUACCUCUAGUUACGAACUUAAUUUGUUCCGGAGGUCCGUUCUUAACCUGAAACUGUUCUUAACUAGAGGCGUGCUUUCAUUAAUGGGGCCUCUUGUUGCCGCUGCGCCGCUGGCACACGAUAUCCGUUCUCAUCCUGGGGCAAAGUUCUCAACUCGAGGUAACUCUUCCAAGUUAGCAGAGUUUGUAACCUGAAGCGUUUGUAACCUGAGGCGUUUGUAACUUGAGGUACCACUGUAUAACGUUUUAAGUGUGUUUUAAGUGCAUUAUACAAAUGUGACACUAGAUGGCUAUGGUGAGCUUAUGGCAAAUUCAAUAUAUUUUUCAAAAGAUUUUUUUUUUUUUAAUGUGUCCAGAAUCCAGCUAUGAAUGGUGAUGUUUUCUUACUAGUGAGCUGCCGAAGCUUCCUCAGGCUGUUAUAGGGGUUGUUUUGUUUUAAAUGGUACAAUGUAUUUAUAUUAUUGUUUUUAAAAUUAUUGUUUCUUGGAAACCAUCAGGGAACAAGCCGCUAACAAGUCUAAUAAAUAAUAAUAGUAAGUGUUACCAGCGGGAAGGUAAACGGCGUUUUUGUGCACUGCUCUGGUUUACCAGAAGCGGCUUAGUCAUGCUGGCCACAUGACCCGGAAGCUGUACGCCGGCUCCCUCGGCCAAUAAAGUGAGAAGAGCGCCGUAACCCCAGAGUCUGGCACAACUGGACCUAAUGGUCAGGGGUCCCUUUACCUUUUAACCACAAAAUGGAAGUGGGGUGGGGUGGGGUGGGAAGAAACAGCUCCAUCAUCUGUGCUGCCUGGUGUGUGUCCUGUAAGGCUUAGGCGGUAGCUCAUCCCACUGGCGCAGACUCCCUCCCUCCCUGACCUCCGUAGGAUUGCUCUCCCUGAAAUCUGCACAGACUGAAUCCUUUUAUUAUUCAGAGAAAGGCUGCAGAAAUCUUCUCUCUCUGCCAGCGCACUGCCCAGAUGUGAAAUAAAUAUUUGCAGCUUCUUGACAUUUGCCCAAAUUCCAUUUUACCAUUCAAAUUCUUAAUGACAGGUUUGUAAGUGCAAUUUGCAUUAUGAAUGUGACAUUUUGUUUCUAACUCCCCGCACUUUCUAGAUUAGGGGGCCUGUCAUUUUUUAAAAAGAAAAAUAGAAAUUAGCUGGUGUCGAAUAUGAAAUAAGCUGUCAAAUACUAAAUAGUUGUAGGGGUGGGUACCAGCCAUAAAAUUUGGGAAGCAGCCCGAUCUGUUUCAGAGCCACUCAUAUCUUUCCAUCUCAGCUUGUUAUUUGGGACUGAAUUAGAACAGAUAAAAACGAAACUCCCCCAACCCUUUCACUAUACCAGGGAACCUAAAAAUGAUAACAGUUCCGCCCGCUCUUUGUAGAAGCAUACAUUUGCAAGCAUUGGAGCCCCUCCCAAACUGAGUAAGCCUGUCUGAUUUUAGGCAGAUACAUUCAGGGGUUUUCAUACAUGCCCUCAUUAAAGUUUGGGGUUUUUAAAAAACUAUUUUAUUUUCUGCAAGAUUUGGAUAUAAUUUGUAGGCAUACUCAUUCUUUAUGAGGAGGCAAAGCCUGCCAGAUUUUUUUAAAGGCAGUGUAGUAAUAGGUAAUGAGAGAUUCUACCCUUUAGCUUGUUAUUGGGAUUACUUUCAUUUUCCUACCCAGUUGUGUGUUAACCUGUUUCUUGGCCUGACAUGGGACUCAGCUACAUUGGCAAAGAAAAAGCGCUUUAUAUGCAUUGUAUAUGCAUUAUAACACUGUGGCAGCAGAUGGCGCUGUGGAGUUCCGUUUUUGCCAACACAUGUUUUGAUGUGUAUAGAAUAGAUCUAGCCAUAGCUGUCAACUUUCAGAUUUGAAAAUAAGCGAUCAGCAGCCUUGAAAAUCAGGGAUCAGCAGCCUCACCUGUCCUGGGGACAGUCUACGGGAUAUCUAACAAUCCUGGAUAGCAGCGGGAAGCAGCGGGAAACGGCGCUGGAAUAAGGGAAUUUCCCGCAAAAAAGGGAAGGUUGACAGCUAUGGAUCCAGCCUUGGUUGUGAAACUGGAUAUCCACUGUUAAGUUCUUAUUUAAUAUAAGGUAGCAGUACAAUUAGUUAACUAUCUAAUUAAUUCAUAAACAUGUCAUUAAAAAAUCAGAGCGGUUUAUUACAAUCAUACAUAGAACCAUACAGUAAAAAAAUAAAAAUACGGUAAAUCAGAGAUCAAUUAACUAUUACAGAAGGAUGUUUUCUCAUUUGCCAGCAUAAGCUUGGCAGUAUAGGAAAGUUUCCAGCCUGGCACUUAAAGGUUAAACAGUUAAUAAAACUGUCCUAACCGUUUGCUGUAAGAUAUUCCUGGGUUGAAUUAGUUUCAAGCACUAUAACAAUACCAAGCAUUAUUGUUGUUCAUUGCUUUAAUAAUAAUAAUAUAUUUUUGGUACCACUGCCGAGUGGCUUCCAAGAGAAUAUAAAGUAAGUAUUCUGUCAAUAGAUUUGUUCAUACCUUGAUUUUUAUGUUACUGGCUCUGAUAUCAGGCAGACUAGAAAUUCGGGUGAAUUAACUGAAAUGUAACAAAUCGGGCAAAUGUGGAGUGUGACCCGUUCUCUGUCACUUUUUGGAGGUUUGAGUUCUGUUCUUAACCAACUGCAUUGCCUCUUCCGGCUCUUUCAAUCUGACUCAUUUAGAAGUUUGCUCAUUUUGUCAGUUUCUGCCAUUUGAUGUAGAGAGCAGAGCUGCAAUCUUUCAGUUGGUUAGUUACACCCACUUGAAGCACAUUGAUUUUUUAGCUUCAGGUCAAGUGGCAAGGUGGCAAACGACAGCUGGGUGCUGCUGCUCAUGCAGAUGCUCCUCUGAAACAAAAGGCAUAUCUGCUGCACACAUAAAUGAUUUGUAGGAUUGCAGGAAAAAGGGUUGAUCGGGAGUUUCAUAAUGUCAGUUUGCAUUUCUUAGUUCAAAAGGUGAAUCUGUUGUGUAGAGAUCUUUCCUAUUCUGAUUAAUACAGAAGGAUUCAGGAAGCUACUGGAAGGUUUCUUCUCUGUGUGAAAAACGGUUCUUGUUUGGGUUAUAUCCAGUACUUUUUUUCUUUAAAAAACUGUUUAGGGGUACUCUCAUUUUGACUCAAGAAAAUCACCAUUUUAUAGUUCAGAUUGGGAAAAAUAAAUACAGUAAAUGGACAAAAGUACAAAGAUUCACAAAAUGUUUAGGGGUAUGCGUACCCCUGUGUACACCCAGAAAAAACCCACUGGUUAUAUCUUCUGAGAAGCUGAGUACAGCUGGUUUAAACUGGUUCUGUUAUCUUUCUGUCAAGGCCAUACUGACUAUAAUAGUCAGGCCAGAAGGAGCCUAGGUCUCACUCUCUCUUUCUUUCUCUCUUUUGUUCUGGUGUUCUGUACAUAGUAUGCUUAGUGUUAAGGCUUAGUCUUAUUAUAAGUAAUUGUAAGUUUGUUCGUCUGCUGCAACUGGAUUUUCUUAUGGACAGUGCCAAUUCUGAAUGUAUAGGAUUUGUGACCAUUAUGCUCAUUUGCCUUCACUAGCAGUAAAGCUCUGCUGGGUGAAAUAUUGCCUCUGGUCUAUUAUUUUGGGAAUCCUGCAGUGUGUUUAAGUUUUUCCUUCCCACGUAUGACACAUAAUCCUAUUAAUUCCCAUACUAAUAAACGGAGCUUGCAUUGCGCAACCUUGACCACAGUUGCCCAUGCACUGGAACCUCAAUAUGUUACUGCUAUGUACUCUAUGGGGGACUACCCUUCAGGCUGGUCUGAAGGCAGCAGGUAGUGGUGGCUAGGUCGCUUGUGGGGCAAACUACCAGCCAGUGCCGGAUUUAUAUAUAGGCCAAGUAGGCUGAAGCCUAGGGCCUCUAAAUCGAGGGGGCCUCGCCAGCCCUCCCACUCCCCAGUGGGCAGUCUCCCCUCUUCCAAAAUUGCAAACCCAAGACUUCAUGUGAGGGCAGGGCUACUCGGGCCUCUAAAUCUAGGGGGCCUCACCAGCCUGCCCUCUCCCCAGUGCCGCUGUCUCUCCUCUCCCAAAAUUGCAAACCCAAUACUUCAUGUGAGGGCAGGACAACUUGGACCGCUAAGCACUCGUCAGGAGAGCUAUGAGAUUCAGGUGAGGGUCAGAUGCCUUGUCAACCCCAGCAGGUAUAUAACAGGAAGAGUGCCCAGGUCUCAAAAUGUUUACAAAGUUCAGUUAUUGCAAAAGUUUUUCAGUGUUAAUUUUAUGUAUUUUUUUAAAAUGAGGGCUGGGAUAUCAGCAGGUGCUAGAGAAUGAGUGAAAAUAUUAUUGUUUGACUUUAAGGUAGGGUUAUCAGACGUCCCUGGUCCCCAGGGACAGUCCUCAGAUUUGCAAAAUCUGUCCCCAGACAAAUUCCGUCCACGGAAUGUCCCCAGAUUUGCAAAUCUGUGCCCGGGAAACGUGGCAGCGGAAGCCUCAGCAGCCCAGAGCCAGCCUGGUAGCGCAGCUGGCUCUGGCUGGCUUCAGGAGCUGCUCACUGCCAUGGCACCCACCAUUUUUCCUGCGCCAUGACUGCGAGCAGCUCCUGAAGCCAGCCAGAGCCAACUGCACUACCAGGCUGGCCCCUCCUGGGCAACGGCCAUCCACCCAUGACUCCUGAGCCUCCCCUGAUCUGUCCAAACCAAGGGGGAAGGAGAUUAGGGAAGGCUCAGGAGUCAUGGGCAGGCGGCGCACUGUUGCCCAGUUUUUAAAAAAACCUCUGUGCAUUUAUGUUUCACAGGGUGCGAAAGAAGGGCUUUGCACUUUAGUCAAUAUGCAUGUGUGCUUGGGCCCAGGAUCUUUUGCCUCACCAUCCCCACUACUGACUCCCUGUUGCUACUGAGCUUCAAAAAAAAGUGUCCCCAGAUUCAUUGAAAAAAAUCUGGUAACCAUACUUUAAGGGGGGCAGGGAAAUGAGGAAUGGGGAAAUACCGAGUACAGUAUUUAUUUGAAAGGGCAACUUUUUCAUCAGCGCUAUACUUAUGGUAGACCGUGCUCAAUUUAGCUCUGGGACUUGCCUGCACUCUUCCCCCUACGGUUUUAAUAAGCAGCUCUUCUUCUACCAGACAUUCCACUAGGACAUGGGUAACAGGAAUGCCAAAGAGAACUGGAAACAUUAAACUAUUUUCAAAGCAGUUAGGUAACUGUUAUCUAAUUGUAUUUCUACAAAACUUAUAUAUGCCUCCUGCCCUCUGAAUUGGAGCACAGAGGUGGGGGAGGCUGGGGGAUAGCAGGAAGAAUGAAAUAAUGCCAAUUACUUAUAUGAAAAGGCUGGUCAAAUAUGCUGUGGCACAUUUCAUAGGUGUUGGCUUUCUGAUGUUUCUGAGUGUCUUUCAAGGGUACACACCAAGGGUAUGCACAACUCCUGCCUAUCUUCCGGAAAUGUCACACUGAUCAAUCUGCUAACAUUUGCAAAGCUUGCUGAAGCUGCAAGAGCUUCCCAGAACCGCUGUCAUUAUCACUACAGUGGCUACUUUGGCUAAAGGGCUCCUGCUGCUUUUUUAAUGGUGCUGCAGAGCGCAGAAAUCACAUGACAAAGAAUGGUCACCUGUCACAUCAUAGCAGCAGGGGUUGCUCAAUGCUCUGUCACCUUCAACAAUAGGUUUUCGGCUGCUGCACCUUGUGAUGGAUUUUGCAAAAUGGGAAUUAUUUGCACAGGUGAUUGAAAAUGGCGCUUCUGGUGCUGGUGGGUAUUUGAGGGGUGUGAAUUUGCAGCUGGUUAAUCAGGGCCAACCCAAUUGUUAGGUGCAGUGAGGUGGCAGCCUUGGGCAAUAGAUGCAAAGGGAUGGGGAGAGCUGGGGAGCCUUCGAUCAUCAUCUGAGAUCCUUUGUGUGACUUCCCCAGGAGAAGUCCGGAGGGUGGCAACAUGGAACGGGCCUUUUCUGUGGUGGCUCCCCAUCUGUGGAAUUUUCUCUCCAGGGAGGCUCACCUGGUGCCUUCAUUUAGGUGUCAGGUGAAAAAAGUUCUCUGUAACUAGUACAUUUCCAAGCACAGUUCAAAGUGUUGGUGCUGACCUUUAAAGCCCUAAAUGGCCUCGGUCCAGUAUACCUGAAGGAGCAUCUCCACCCCCAUCAUUCAGCCCGGACACUGAGGUCCAGCGCCGAGGGCCUUCUAGCAGUUCCCUCAUUGUGAGAAGUGAGGGAACCAGGCAGAGGGCCUUCUUGGUAGUGGUGCCCACCCUGUGGAACACCCUCCCACCAGAUGUCAAGGAAAUACAAUCUUUAGAAGACAUCUGAAGGAAGCCCUGUAUUGGACGUUUUUAAUGUUUGAAGUUUUAUUCUGUUUCUGUUUAUGCCAGAAGCCUCUCAGAGAGGCUGGGGCAGCCCAGUCAGAUGGACGGGGUACAAAUAAAUUAGUAUUAUGAGUAUGAGUAUCAUUUGGCUGAUUAACAUUCUAUGGCCUUUGAAAUGUAUUUUGAAGCAUGUUAUUUGAUUUUUUUAUGUUUUGUUGUGUAUUUUGUGCUUAUUUUGCAUUUCUGUGUUGCGAACUGCCCUGUGAUCUUUGGAUGAAGUGUGGUAUAUAAAUUAAAUAUAUAUUAAUAACCAUCUUCUGUAAUAAAUUAACAAUGACUUCUGUUUGUUUGCUUGGAAGAUUUAAUACUGAUUUUAAAGUUGUCGCUUAUAAACAGUUGCACACCAGCCCUCUAGGAAGGCUGCACAGUGCAUCUGUGUAGGAACAGCUAAUUGCAGCGUAAAUGGAUUUGGAGAAAAGAUCUCUCCUGAGAAUGAAAUGUUUUGUAUGGGAGAUUUUUCUUGAAACCUUCCUACAUUCCCUCUGUGUAUAUGAUACAUAUAAUAUUUAGUGGAAAAACCCUCUCUGGGGAAUUCUUGCUGCCUUUCAAGCAGCUUGCUUAAGAUGUGUAGCAGCAGACUGUUGGUAGCAUUAUAGCCUGGAAAUAAUGAUGCACUUAGCCUCUUUGCAGGUUGAUCUCAUGGUGUUGCAGCACAGGUUUAAGCAACAGCAACUAAAUGUCUCUUGCAAGUGGCAUAGUCUCAUAGUGUUGCUGCUACCCCACCAAAAUCACCUCACGCCUACAUUGCUCCAACUGGGGCAGCUUGUUACAACUCCCAUCAUCCCUCACCUUUGGCCGUACUGCAGGGGAUGAUGGGAGUACGGGCCCAAUGAAGUCUGGAGGGCCACAAUUUCCCCACACUUGGUCUACUGUCAACACAACGUUUGACCAACAAAGGGAUGCUUUCCACAGACUUUUGUCCGGUCUCACACAUUGCGCCAGGUGAAUGUCCUUUCUUUCAUACCUGUCCCCUGAGCAAACCAAAGUGAAACCACACUAGAGCAAAAGUGACUUAUUGACAAACCCUGAGAGUGUGGUGAAUCUUCCCAUUUUGCAGUUCAAACUAGGAACAGUUUGAUUCAAUGAUCUUGUCCAUUGCCUCAGGCAGCUAAAUGUCUAGGGCUGGCCCUGACCAUUGAUUUUCAAACCGUCUUGGGGAGUUUAUCAAAUGAAUAAUGCUGGACAGGCUGCUGCCCUGGCAGACUGCUUUGCCCAACACGACUGACUUUCCCCCGUGAUGUGCAGUGUACAGGGGAACGAUGAGUGCGAUGCAUCUAGGAGGUGCACAUCCAGUUCACAGUGAGCCAAGUGAGGCUCACCACUGCCCUGUGUCUCAGAAUCCUUUGGAAGUUCCUGGGAUAAAUGACUGUGUGUCAGCCAUCAAGUGCUAAAUGUCAGAUCUCAAACCCUGUUGGAUAGAGAAAUAUCAAAGGGUGCUAAAUACAGCUGUCAUAUAUUUGGCAGACAUUCAAAUAUUCAGAAAGAACACUGAGAGGAAUUUUGAGGAGCAGAUUUGUUCUGCUUUGAAUGAGUUUUCCCUCAGCACUGGUACAGUAAGAGGACUGUAUACAGUGGUAUCUCGGGUUACAGAUGCUUCGGGUUACAGACGCUUCAGGUUACAGACUCUGCUAACCCAGAAAUAGUACCUCGGGUUUAGAACUUUGCUUCAGGAUGAGAACAGAAAUCGUGCUCCGGCAGCAUGGCUGCAGCAGGAGGCAACAUUAGCUAAAGUGGUACCUCAGGUUAAGAACAGUUUCAGGUUAAGAACGGAUCUCCGGAACGAAUUAAGUACUUAACCCGAGGUACCACUGUAUGUUGUUCUGUGAUAAUAUUUCAUGAGCGCAGGAAUUGCCAUGGUGUGCAGGAUUCAGCACCCUGAGACUCACUGGUUUUCCUUGCCUUGCCUUGCCUUAAGUAUCUAGUCAUUUAAUGGUGAAGUGACAAUGAACGUUUGGCUGUUUCCAGAGUUAGUUGAUGUGGGGUGGGUGAUUAUAUCCAGUUGCUGAUCUUUUCAAGACUGUUUGGCUACUUCCAGGUAUGCACUUUCAGCUUUUUCUGGUGAAGAAUUUAAUUACCUUGGUUGUGUACAACUUGGACUUUUAACAAAUAAUGAAAUAAAGAACAGUAAGGUGGUUGGUUCUUCAGUACCAGCUCAGCCUUGAGCUCCACUCCAGAUUGUAGGUUUUGUUGCUGUUAAUGCAAGUAGGAGACAGGAGUGGACUGUUAUCUUAACAUGUUUAGGGAAGCUUUUAAUAUUUGAUGAAUUAUUGUAUUUUAAUAUUUUGCUGGAAGCUGCCUAGAGUGGCUGAGGAAACCCAGCCAGAUGGGCGGGGUAUAAAUAAAAUUAUUAUUAUUAUUAUUAUUAUUAUUAUUAUUAUUAUCAUCAUCAUUAUUAUUAUUUGAGGGUUGGGUUGGGAGAUACUACACAAUGUGGUUGGCAGGUGAGAAAAUUAAAUGGGAGAAAAAACGAGUUAACAUAAGAAGACAAAAUAUGAAGGGGGAAGAGUAAAGAGUGCACAAAGAAAGAGGGCUGACCUGAAGUGAGCAAGAAAAGAUCAAAAGUAAAUAAAGCAGUUCUGAUUUCUUUUAAAGAUGCUAUUUGCACUGAGCUGUACAGCUGCUAUUUUGAGGACUAGACGCAGACAUCUCAGUGUUUCAUGCUGAGAGAAAGUUUUAGCUAAUGGAGGUUGUUCUUUUUAAGGGUGUUUUCAGGCAAAUGAUUAAAUGCCUUCAUUGCAUGUGAUCUGCCUAAUAUGAAGAAUCAGGACAGCCCCUGGCAACACGUUCUGAACUCUGGAAAAGCUAAAACAGGCAUGGGAGAGAGAGAGAGAGAGAGAGAGAGAUUCCUCAUUUAAAAAAAAUUUGGUGAUGAUUAUGAUGGAGAAUAUCACAGUACCCUUUAAGUCUUCCCUGUUUCGCACAAGUGCUGUUGUCAGCAACUUGGUAGAAAAUACCAGCUCAGCAGCAUUAGAUAUAGGUGACUAAGAGUGCAACAGCAAGGACUUCCUGUAGGAUAUCUCCCCCAUCCUUUUCUUAAUGGCACAUCCUUUUAAAAAAAUUGAUUUCAUUUCUAGAAAGGCAGCUCCCAACAUGUGGAUGUAAAAUAAUAUGCCCCGGAAUGAGGCUGACACUUCUUUUGUCUGCUUAUGAACUCCAAUUCCUUCAAAAUGAUUGGUCAAAGGUAAGGGCGAACCAACAUGAUGCCCUGCAGAUGUUGUUGGACUCCUGUGCCCAUUGGUCCUGCCCAGUGGUCGUGGAUGAUGGGACCUGUAGUCCAAGAAGCAUUAGAACACCUGACCAUUAGGUCCAGUCGUGGCCGACUCUGGGGUUGCUUGCUUUAUUGGCCAAGGGAGCCGGCGUACAGCUUCUGGGUCAUGUGGCCAGCAUGACUAAGCCGCUUCUGGCGAACCAGAGCAGCACAUGGAAACACCGUUUACCUUCCCACCGGAGUGGUACCUAUUUAUCUACUUGCACUUUGACGUGCUUUCGAACUGCUAGGUUGGCAAGAGCAGGGACCGAGCAACAGGAGCUCACCCCAUCGCGGGGAUUUGAACCGCUGACCUUUUGAUCGGCAAGCCCUAGGCUCUGUGGUUUAACCCACAGCGCCACCCGAGUCCCAACAGCAUUAGAAGAGCACCACCCAAAAACAUCAGAAGUACACCAUUGGUAAAAGGGAAUAACGUUGAUAUCAUGUGAAAGGUAGACUCAGGUGAAGAGCAGAAGCAAGAUGAAAUUGAUACAAUGAAGUCAGAAAGGGAAGAGUCAGCAGUCAGCUCCGCUUUGUAUACACAAUCCAGGUGCGUGGAGCACACACAUUAUGCCUACACGUUGUCCGAUUGUGACUAGAUAAAGCCAUGGCAGGGAAGUCACCCACUUGCAGAUUGUGACCAUUGUCAGGAUCCAUGAGGAUGACCAUCACAGGGGAGAGAUGAUGGCCCAGGAAAGGCAGAUCCUAGUUUAUCAGGAUGACAAGACAAGGGAAUUCAGCAGUUUGAAAAGGGAGCAGGGUGAGGGUUCAGGACCAUGGAUAGCGCUCCUGAAGCUGAUAUCAAACAUCCAAGUUGCCCACCCACAAAUGCAACCUUCCGGGCAGUUAUAAAGCCAGUGCCUUCUUCUGCAGUCAUUAGGUCUUUUAAGAUUAUGGGGUUUCCACAUCUAUAUUUUUUCCCCUCUCAGCAUUUUCUUGAGUCCUCAAGGGUCUAUAGACCAACCCUCAGAGUCUAGUGGUGUGUCCUCGGAGCUAAGAGGUGGAGAGAUUUGCUCCAUUGCCAGAAGACUAGGUGGACCAGGGAACGAAUUCUAGGAUUCUUUCCUUGGACACACAAACAAAUGUCACUUGGCUUGGCUGUGAAAAAUAUAGCCUAACAACAUGCAUGCAUUUGGUUGUGGCUCCUUUAAUUCCUUUACUGGUAUAAUUAGAAGUAUUACGAUGACCUCCUGAGCUUUCUCCCAGCGGCUGUACGAAAAGAAAUCAAAAUGUUUUUUAAAAAAAAUAAUGAAAGAAGAAAAUAGGGCAGGAUGUUCUUCCCGCAUUCAGCAACUGAAAGUGAACCCUUCUGAUGUAGCAAAUUUGUCACCUAUUUAAUUUUAAUGCAAGUCUUGAUAAAGCUUAGUUAACGACAUAGACCCCAGGGAGUUAUUCCAUUCACACUUAUGCAUGAAGUCAUCCAUGCACAAAAUUGAAGUAUGUGACAUUUUACAGCAGGGCAAAGUUGAAGUUCCUAUUGCCCAUUGAUGCAUCCACCUUAAACAGAAUAUCCUUCCUUUUAAAACCAAGUAAAUGAUAUUAUCAGAAAGAGGAGAUUCCUUUGGGGACAUUUAUAUAUGUAGGAUUAUGAUAUAACUUUUUAUUUAUUUUUUAAUGGUUUUUAGUAUCUUUGGAGAAAAUAAAAUGGCAUGUCAUUUUAUUCCAAAGUGGCACAAAGGAAAAGGCAGUUGCUCUCAAAAGUCAAGUCUUCUUUCCCUCAAUAUAUGUAAAACAAUAUAUUCCAGAUGGCCAAAGGGAUGUGGCAAACUGAAUUUAAGAUAUAAUAAUAAUAAUAAUAAUAAUAAUAAUAAUAAUAAUAAUAAUAGGAGAGACACUGAAAUUUACAGAUUUCCCCAUCACUAGGAACUGGAUGCAUUGAAGGAAGAAAUCUAUGCUCUUAAAUCUUAGUUGUCUGGCUAUGUCCUUGAGGUUUCCGAUAAUAAGCUUAGAAUAACAAGGGUUCCUCUACUACAUAUAAUAUGUCAGAAACCUCUUUCAUGAUGUGGGCUCCAGCCCUGUGGAGGAAAGAGAAAUAACUUCCGUUGUGUGUGGAAAGUUAGCAGAAUGUUUCAAAGCAAGCCAUUAUUCCUCAUAAAAUAUGCUUUUAUUUCUCCAGCUCAGGCACUUUGGAAGAGCAAAAGCAGUAGAUCAUGACUGUUAAACUAGCUAUACAACUCCUUUCCUUCAAGGCAGCAUGGAGCUGGCAUAAUCAGGUCCUAUUUGAUAAAUGGGAUAGGCUAGCAGCGCCGCAGGCGGAAUGACGUGGCCCAAGCAGUAAGAGGAGUGGGAAAUGGGAGUAAACACAAGCAAUAAGGUGGCUGAAAUAACACACUUCCUUAUAUAGCUUAAUACUGCGAUGGGCAGGCUAUCACCAUACCUCUUGAGAAAUGCUACAACUGCUUCCAUGUUCUCUGUAUAAAGGUAAAGGGACCCCUGACCAUUAGGUUCAGUUGUGACCGACUCUGGGGUUGCGGUGCUCAUCUCGCUUUAUUGGCCGAGGGAGCCGGCAUACAGCUUCCGGGACAUGUGGCCAGCAUGACUAAGCCGCUUCUGGCGAACCAGAGCAGCACACAGAAACGCCGUUUACCUUCCCGCCGGAGCAGUACCUAUUUAUCUAAUGGCACUUUGACGUGCUUUCGAACUGCUAGGUUGGCAGGAGCAGGGACCGAGCAACGGGAGCUCACCCCGUCGGAGGGAUUCAAACCACUGACCUUCUGAUCAGCAAGUCCUAGGCUCUGUGGUUUAACCCACAGCGCCACCAGUGUCCCUAUGUUCUCUGUAUAGACUGGGGUAAAAGUGCGCUUUUACAUGCCGUCUUCUUAACAACAAGCUACAUUUCCCAUGAAUAACCACUGGUGUAGUUCCUUUAACUUGUUCUGCUACCUGAGCGUGUAUUUUAUUUCUCAAUAUCAUAUAGCAGUCACUAGUUAAUGCCAGGAAACCUUCUCCAGCCAAGUUCUACAGGAGAUGCAUGGUUUGGAGAAGGCAUCCUACAGUUGCCUAGCAACCCAAGCUCAUCUUCCCUCCCCUGUCCCCUAAAUUCAAUAAAAUGAUCACCCCAGCAGGGAUUAAUCUGCCACCUUAGCACAACAAUAGGCAGCAAAAGAAUGCACAGCCAUUGUUCAUUUGUUGCAAGUGUUCCUUUUGCACGUGGAAGGAACAGACGGACGCAAGCACUGAACUGAACUCAGCCACUGCAUUUAUUAUUUACAGUUACAGCAAACUGAACAGGAUCACUAUAACAGGGGAGGGGAUUUCCUGGUCCUCCCCAAGGAACCAGCUUGGCUGUCAUUGCCAGAAUAGUUCCUUGAAGGCUAGUUUAGAAAGGUUUUUAUAAAAGGGGAAGGAGAGAGAAAUGGCCGUUAUGCACGUUGAGAAGAAAGUGAAGUCAUUCCAAAACUCAGGGACUUUCAGUGAAGCUGAACAUGGGAAGAUUUGGGACAGACAACAGAAAGUGAAUUCGACACCUCUAGAGUUCCUUUGAGGCCUUUCGAUUCUGGGUCAGAUGCUCACCAGGAGAAAACCUGCUACAAAAGUUACAGCAGGCUCAAUGUAGAAAAACUUCAGUGCUGCAAUGAUAAUCCUUCUUGAUAUCUUCACUUUAUAGAGCUCCCACAGGGGUAUUCACUCUCUGUGACUGGCUUGGUGUGAUCUUCUGGGGAAAGGGUUGAACGCUGACCUCAGAUCUCCCUUGCCUAUGAAUUACCUUGCCUUCAAUGCAGAAUUACACCACCUUGUCAAUUUUAUACUAAAUCAGGUUUCAGGUUGCAGUCUAUAAAAUUAAAAUAAUAUCGGAACUGCCUCACAAGGUUGUUUUUAAAGGGUUGCAUGUGGUAAGAACAAUAAACUCAGCUGCAGGGAGAUAAAGGCCACUUCAUUUUACGUCUUUAGCUUUUUCCUCUAGAGACACUUACCUGCACUGUUUCCACGAUUCUGUGCUUUUAACUACCUGGAUUGCAUUGGUUGAUCUCAGUUGUGUCAGUGCAGAAAGUUGAAAAGCGAGUGGCCCUGCCUUUCACCGCAGGGGGUUGGACUGGAUGACCUUUGGAUUCAUUUGAUCUCAUUAGUCUUUUCGACUCCGAAAGAGGUCAUAGAUCAGUGACAGAGAAUUUUCUUUAAAUGAAAAACGUCCCAGGUUCACUGUCGUAAAAACAGGAAAUGGAAUUUGAGCAUAUGGAACUGGGCAUAAAUUAAAGGAUAUACAGUGGUACCUUGGGUUACAGAUGCUUCAGGUUACAUACGCUUCAGGCUACAGACUCCACUAACCCAGAAAUAGUACCUCGGGUUAAGAACUUUGCUUCAGGAUGAGAACAGAGAUUGUGCUCCGGCGGUGCAACGGCAGUGGGAGGCCCCAUUAGCUAAAGUGGUGCUUUGGGUUAAGAACAGUUUCAGGUUAAGAAGGGACCUCCGGAACGAAUUAAGUUCUUAACCCGAGGUACCACUGUACAGUAUAAUAAGAAAAAAAUGGACUUUUAUUCCAGGAUGUGAGCACAGUGGAGAGAUUUUAAUAUGGACACGGAUCGAAGAAUGUAUUUUUACCCAAAAUGGAGGGAUGGUGGUGGGAAUUAAAGGAAGCAAAGUUAAUUACACCCAAGGGUGCAAGCCUGGGCAGUGUGUAUGGAGGUCCUGGGCUGCCCAGAUGACAACCCCCCUCUCAGCCUCACUGAUGUGGUCUAAAGGAAAUCAGAGGGAUAUGUUUGGCAUCAGCUUGGCUGCAGGAGCUGCAAGAAGAAGGCAUACAAAGCACCACCCAACCAUCUUAGGGACUCCAACCCAGAUUUGUGUAGGGUUUACUCCUUAGCCUUAUCUUCUCCCAAAGAUAUCCCACAAGGCAACGGAGGUUUAGGACAGAGUUUUCCUUCUCCUAGAUGGACUAUCUUCCCAGGUUGCCAAGCCCCAUCUGCCCCUCACUUCCCUCUACAGCACAUGCAGAAACUGCCUUCUUGACCAUUGGACCCCUUAUUGGUCCCAUCUGCUCAACCCUCUGGAGCCUGUCUCUGCAUGCAGGGAAAGUCCUUAACUCACAGAAGGAGAGCCUUUGGCUACCCUCAUCACACUGGCCUGUGAGAGCUCAAGUUAGAGAACAGCCUUUACCAAAGGUGUCAUGGGCUUUGAAGACACUCAAACUCAGGAGAAAUGUGCUAGGAGGAAGGCACGCUUGGCAAAUCGACACCGUGAUCAGCUCCUGCCCGGAAACCAAUGUCCCCACUGUGGAAGGACGUGUGCAUCCAGAAUUGGCCUCCACAGUCACUUACUGACUCAUUGUUAAAACCGUGUUUACGGAAGACAAUCUUACUCGGCUACGAGUGAUCGCCAAAGAAGAAGAAGCCAGCCAGUCUAAGCCGUUCCCAAGGUGUGUCUGCUGUCGCAUGCUGACAGCUUCUAGGAGCCACAGGUGAGAGGUGAGUGCAGGGUGGGGACCAAAGGUGGACAAACUACCCCAGAAGGAGCAUAACAUGUUCUCCACCAGAGGAACUACCCCAUACACCCCUCAAGGCCAAGUACGCUAUUGUAUUCAAAUUGACUUUUCGAUAUGUAUAAGGAGAAAUGAAGUAUCAGGCAACAGUUGAAUGUUGCAGGUCUAAUUCAGCUGUGGAGAUCAGGUGAAGUCAAAAGCCAUGAGAGCAACUCUAAAGUGAUUUAUCUAGUCUCCAUGACUUCUACAGGUAAUCAUAGUCCCAUCAUUCCAAUAUUUCUUGCUCUUGAUCGUCUUCUAUAAUUCAGAUUGUGGCUUUGAGUCCCACACAAGCAAGGAUGCACUGGCAGAAGCUCAGGAGAGUUGUUUGUUCAGCAUGUUAUUGCCAAAUUGAUGAGAGGAUUGGGAUGGUUUUCUGCCUUGGGUAUAAUUCUGCAUCCCUCUGCAUGUCAUGGCUUUGUCUUCUGUCUCUUAGCCAGCCUGUGAAACAGCUAGAUUCUAUGUAUUCCAAAGCAGGGUGAUUUAUGAGUGGAAAAACCCAGCUCGCUCUUCCCCCUGCCUGGGAUAACACUGAUCCCCAGGUUCAUAAGAAUAAAUGAAAGACUUGUCAGCUGGAAAAGACUUCUAUCGCAUGACAGGUGCUUUUAUUUUAAUUAACUGAAGGGGAUAGUAAAAUCAACAGUCACACAUCAGUCUAGAUCAGGCUUCUAAAACAGAAUAUUGCAGAUGGCUUAGAAUCAUAGAGUUGGAAGAGACCACAAGGGCCAUCGAGUCCAACCCCCUGCCAAGCAGGAAACACCAUCAGAGCACUCCUGACAUAUGGUUGUCAAGCCUCUGCUUAAAGACCUCCAAAGAAGGAGACUCCACCACACUCCUUGGCAGCAAAUUCCACUGUCGAACAGCUCUUACUGUCAGGAAGUUCUUCCUAAUGUUUAGGUGGAAUCUUCUUUCUUGUAGUUUGGAUCCAUUGCUCCGUGUCCGCUUCUCUGGAGCAGCAGAAAACAACCUUUCUCCCUCCUCUAUGUGACAUCCUUUUAUAUAUUUGAACAUGGCUAUCAUAUCACCCCUUAACCUCCUCUUCUCCAGGCUAAACAUGCCCAGCUCCCUUAGCCGUUCCUCAUAAGGCAUCGUUUCCAGGCCUUUGACCAUUUUGGUUGCCCUCCUCUGGACACAUUCCAGUUUGUCAAUGUCCUUCUUGAACUGUGGUGCCCAGAACUGGACACAGUACUCCAGGUGAGGUCUGACCAGAGCAGAAUACAGUGGCACUAUUACUUCCCUUGAUCUAGAUGCUAUACUCCUAUUGGCUUCCAUGGUGCUAUAUCUUGCAGUACAAGGGUCAAUAGUUCAGGUUUUGGGAAACAGAGCAGGUUGAAGAUAAGGUCCAAGGCAGGCAGGGACGGGAAACCUCUGAUCCUCCAGAUAUUGUGGGGACUACAGCGCCUGCCAUUCCUGUCCAUUGGUCAUUCUGGCUGGUACUGAUGGGAGUUUGAGUCCAGCAAGGAGUCUAAAGCAAGGGCUUCAGAAUGUAAUCUCCUUCUGGAUAGCACCAUGAAGAUAACAACAACAACAACAACAACAACAACAACAACAACAACAACAACUCUGGGCGGCUUCCAACAAAAUAUUAAAAUACAAUAGUCCUUCAAAUAUUAAAAGCUUCCCUAAACAGGGCUGCCUUCAGUUGCCUCCUAAAAGUCUGGUAGUUGUUUUUUCCUUUGACAUCUGGUGGAAGGGUGUUCCACAGAGCGGGUGCCACUACCGAGAAGGCCCUCUGCCUGGUUCCCUGUAACUUUGCUUCUCACAGUGAGGGAACCACCAGAAGACCCUCAGAGCUGGACCCCAGUGUCCAGUCAGAAUGAUGGGUGUUAUUUUUUGUUAUCAGGACAAGCCCACACGAUUGGCGCUUCCACAUAAUAUGGGAAGCAACUAUGGAAGAGGCCAAAGGACCCUGGUUUAGAAAGCAUGAAUGAUACAUCUGCUCUUGCUGUGGGACUUUCAACACUUUUGCCAGAUGGCAGCAUCAUGUUCUGAGUCACAAGCUGAUGUUUAAAUUUAGUUUUACAAACCAGUUUGUGUUGCUCUGUUGGCGAAUUGAUAUUUGGCAAGAAAAGGAGGAAUCUGCUGCACGUAUCGUUUUCCUGAUUUUAUCUGUGUUUUAUUGGGAACUGUUUCAUGCAUGCUUGUUUUUUUAACAGUUUUGUGGGUUUUAGGAUGCUGUAGGAUGCACACUGCUUCGAGAGUUUUGUAAUAUAAGCAGUCUCUAAAUCUUUCUAAAGAAUAUAUACCCCAGAAACAUUGUUACGAAACCUCAUGAGACAAGGGAGUUGGGGUUGGGAGCUCAAAACCCUUCCUAGCCUUCAAAAUAAUUGCUCCCUCCUGGAGACUGGCACCUCCUGCCGACAUUCCUUGACCUGUCCUAUGCAUGUUUACUCAGAAGUAAACCCUACUGUGCUCAAUGGGGCUUGCCCCCUAGCAAAUAUGUUAAGUUAGGAUUGGCACUUUAGUUUGGGGGUGGGGGCCUGGGGGCCCUUCAGGUGUAAUUGGACUACAACUCCCAUCUUCCUUUCCCUUUGCCAUGCUGGCAGGGGUUGAUAGGAGUUGGAGUCCCACAAAAAUAUGUUUUAGCCUUUUAACAGCAGUAGGAAAUGUGUUGCACCCAUGAGAACCUAAAGCCCUUACCCCAAGAUUUGUUACAACUAUUCCCCUCAUAGCAGGGAUGGUGAUCCUGCAGCCCUGUGGGUGUUUUUGAGCUCCAUAUGAGAGGUUGGGGCAUGUAUUCCAAGCUCUGGAGGGCACCAGUUUUCCUACCCUCAUGGGUGAGCGUUGUGUGUUCCCCCUGUGCUUGUGUUCCCCCACAUUUCUCUCCAGAAGUUUGCUUGAGUGUAGCAUGACUGAAAUAAGAAAGGUUGCUUCUGGUUCGUUCUUAGGUCUAUACGCUUGUGGGGUUUUAUGUUUAUUUUGGGCUCCUGCUGAACUCUCGAUCUCAAUCCAAUGUAUUCCUAUGUCUAUGAUGAUGGACCAUUGCAGUGCAGGUGUUGCUGGCGGAAAUUUGAGGGACCCUUGUGGCUCUAGUCCAUUGGAUAUGAUGCCUAAAGACCACUGUUUAAGCUGCCAGACAGCUGAGGUUCAAUGCGUUCACAGUGGGUUCAACCAUUUGAAGCUAGUCCCUAAAAACUACCCCUUUGUAGUUGUCCCCUAAAAACCACCGUGUAAGCAAUUAUGUUGAUGUAGAGAUGAUCCCUGAGAACACCCAAUGCAUUCAGAUGGAACCAGUGCAUUGCAAUGGCCAUUGCCAUUGGGUACUUCCUUCCCUAGAUACUUCUCUGCAGCAUUCUGCUUGCAAAAUCUGCAUAGCACAGGGAAACAGAAGCUUUCCCCACCUGAGCGCCACAUUCCCUUCUAGGGGAUUUCCUGGGGCCCCACAUCCCAGUGGAGGGCAAGGAGCAGAGACAUAUGUGGGUAGAGCAAAUGUAAGUUUUAGCUUUGUACAGUAGGCUGGUUUCUACACACAUCCACAGACCCCUCUCUACUCCCCGGAAGCAUUAUCAAAGCAUGGCCAGUGAAGGGGGUGGCCAAUGAAGAGUCUCAAGGGCCAGACCGGGAGGAGCUGAGGGCCACAUUUGGCCCCUCCGCCUGAACUUCCCCAUCACUUACAUAGUAUGUGACUAAAGGUGAUAGUCAUAAUACUUGUAGUAUUGUGGCACUGGUUUAUUUAAAAUUGUUGUGUUAAUUUAAAUGACUUAUUUAUUUAUUUUUUAAAAGUCAUGUGAGAACACUGGCAAAAAUAGAAACCUUUCUCUCCCAAAUAAUCCUUCUCUCUCUCCGCUUUCUGUCUCUCUUUCGGAACAAACCUUUUGUAUACUAAAGAUAUUUUGAUGCCACCCACAGGAAGAAGAUGGUAUUUUUGGUUCCUCUGCCUUUCUUCCUUGGAACAGCUGAACAUCCUAUUGGUGGGGAGGAAAACCUGAUCUCUUCAGCAGUGCUGGAUGGAGACGUAGCAGUUAAAUCGAGCAAAGAGUCGAACUGGUGAGAAGCAUAUCAGAGUGAUAUAUAAAUAACCACAGGGUGAGAUUCAAGGCUGUUUCUUCUAUACAUAAUAAUGUCUAGGCUCUGUGGCUCUGCCACCCCCAUCCCCAGGCUGGUUUAUGAGACAAGCAAAGACAGGAAACAUGCUUUAAAAAUAUUCCUCUUGGAGCAGUUAAAUGAUGAUCCUGUACUUAACAUGAAGCACAUUGUGUUUGUCUAUAAUUCCCCCCCAGUAUUUUUCUGGAACAAUAUGCACUAGAUUAGUGGUUGGUAGAAGGUAGAUUUGUAUUCUCUAUAGUCAAUUUCUGGGGUGAUAGAUCAGCAACAGUAAUGAUAGCAAAACAACUUUUCCUGUCUAAAUUGGGCAGCUUAAAUGAAGGAAGUUAACCAGGGACGGACUUUUAUAUGAAAGGACUGUGAGUUCUGAUCUCACACAGAAAACAAAUCUCUAGGCUCAGAAUGUGCUCAGAGGUGCCCUGCUCUUUAAUACUAACUGUACGACUUUUGUACCUGGCACUCAUUGGUAAUUCUUGGGGUUCUUGUGUAAAGACAAACAGUUUGGUCCCCCAAGCCAGAAUUCAGCCCACACUCCCACCGGAGCCCCCGCCUGAUGCAAGGGCAUGGUGAAUGUGACUAAGCAACUUCUUAGAAAUACAAGAUUAUACAGUUUGAAAAAGGGCAAAAAACAAAGUAUAUAGGCAUGGAAAGAUAGAGGGAAGAAGUGGAGGAAGCAACACCUAACAUGCUUUGGUGAUAUACAUGUUUGAUUGAGUAACCUACUCAGUUUGCAGCAUGCUUAAACCUUAACCUGAUAUUUGCCCUUAUACCUCUGGAACUGCUUCUUGUUCUUUGUCAAGGUGUGGUAUGGUGGAAGUGCGGGGGGGGGGGGAUGCAAAUAAGGGACAGGAAGGGUGUGGGAACGAGAAACUCCUUUUACUUGACUAAGUCAGUUCCAUUGGCUCAGUACUCAGUUGCUCUCCAGGGUCCUGGACUUUCAAAGGAUUGACUUUGGGAUCUAACCUAUGCAAAGUUCAAUGGCUGAGCUGUGCAUUCCUCUUUUAAAUAAAAGGGUAACUGUGGUGCACAGAUGCUUGCAAAACCAUGAGAGAUAGAAAUGUAUUUUUUUAAAAAACAACAACUGGAAGAGCUAAUCCUCACAAUGCAUUUGAUAUCCAUUCAAGCUGUUUCCUGGUGAACAACUGUAACCAGGAAGUUCUGGGCAGGUAGUUCUGUGAAUGCGGUGGCUAUGUAAAUACAGUAUGCUGGCAUGUCUUUGGUUCUCGCUACAUACCCCAAAUCACCCCAUUCACAGGCUGCAUUUGCUACACCCAGGAAGGCUGGGACUGCUUGAAGGGAUAGCUCAGUUGGUAGAGCAAGAGAUUCUAAAUCUCAGUUGUGGGUUUGAGCCCCACGUUGGGCAAAAGAUUCCUGCACUGCAGGGGGUUGGACUAGAUGGACUUGGGGUCCCUUCCAACUCUACAAUUUUAGGAUUUUAUGACACAUAUUAUGUCAAUAUGACAUUCAGAAACUCAAUUCUGUGCUCUAAUCACAAGAAGGAAUUAUGGAAGGUGAACAACCUAGGCUUAUAUAUACAGACCAAACAUUGGCUAAUUGUCUUUGAGCUGCAAUGAUAGGAUCCUAAUUCCACUGAACUGGGAAUAAUUCCAAUAGAAUUCAAAAGGAUUUGCUUCUGAGUAGACAUGGUUAAGAUUGCGCUGCAAAUUAAGAAAAUCUGUUCUUUCUUUCGCAUUCCUUAGUCAUCAUAUUUCAUAUUCCUCUGAUAGGACUAGCCUAGGGCACUAUGAUGAAAUCGAUGUCCCUGGUGUUAUUAACCUCUGACAUCUUGUAUACAAACCCCAGAUGUGAAAAUGAACUUUGCUGCUGAAGAUCAGAAAUGGUUAAAACCUUAAGCUGUUUCGCCGUAGGUGUUCUAAAUAAGGAACUAGGAAGACAACACCGCCUUGUACAUUGACAGUAAUGGGUACAGGAAGGAGGUAAGGGCAAAACACACAGGAAACCGAUGAUUAGGAGGAGAUGUUACAGGUAAAUGUAAAUCUCACUCAGAAUUACAGCAGGGAAUUAUGUUUAUUUUUUGCAGAUGCUCAUUGGGUCUUGUACAUCUUUGAGGUUGCAUGAGGGUAGUCUACUUUCAAUAAUCAUGCCACAUGCUCAAUGAAAAAGCAUUAUUUCCAUAUGUGCUGCCUAUCUGCACUAAGACGAAUCUUUAAUGUGUUUCCAGCAAUAAGAUAAAGUGAGAUAAAAUCCUGGCAGUUGUUAAUACAUCCUCAUUAGAGAGCGAGGGCUUGCUGGCAGGGAAGGCUGGCUCUCUAUUACAAGUUGUUGUUGUUGCUGGAUGUCCGCCCCCCCCCUUUGCUGUGGAAACCUUCUGGUGACCAAUCAUCCUGUGGGCUAUGGCAACCACGGGUUAUUUCCUGCACUUCAUGCAUCUCAAAGCCCAUGCUCUGCACCAGCGUGACAAGGAUUUGCCAGUUUGCCAACUGCUUGAAUUCACCAGGGCAAGGGGGGAAAUAUUCAUCACGGCUUCAUGCCCUCUUCCCAUGAGGAACUGGCUUCCCAAGUAAUAUAUUAUUUGUGGAUGUGCGUCAAAGACAGGGCUAGGUGGUAUUUCUGGGCUCAGUAAACCUUUGCUGCUACAGAUCUAGGGAGAGUGGCGGUUUGCCUAGGCAGGCCCAGGCAGGGCGAUGCCCACCACAAGGCAGGUUGAAGCGGCACCAUUAAGGGAUAUCAAAUCAUUUAUUCAUUGUAAAUGGAUGUACAAAUGUACCAACAUUUGUAUGUUAUCUUUCUGCCAUCCUGAAAUGUGAGGUGGCACAUGUGAGGUCCCAUCCAUAGCUCAGUGGGAAAGCAUUUUCAUUUCAUGCAGAAAGUUCUGGGUUCAAAUCUCUAGCAUCUCCCUGGCACGGCUGGGAAUGUCUCCUGUUGAGAACCCUGAAGAGCACUGCCAAUAGUGCAGGCAAUACAGUGGUACCUUGGGUUACAUAUGCUUCAGGUUACAUACGCUUCAGGUUACAGACUCCGCUAACCCAGAAAUAGUGCUUCAGGUUAAGAACUUUGCUUCAGGAUGAGAACAGAAAUCGUGCUCCGCUGGUGCGGCGGCAGUGGGAGGCCCCAUUAGCUAAAGUGGUGCUUCAGGUUAAGAACAGUUUCAGGUUAAGAACGGACCUCCGAACGAAUUAAGUACUUAACCUGAGGUACCACUGUACUGUGCUAGAUGGAUCAAUGUUUGGACGAGGUAUAAGGCAGUUUCCUACGUUCCUAACACUGUUAUGUACAAACUUGCAACACAUGGAAAAAAAUUGUGUAUAAACAUAGACUUGCCACGCACAAAUUUAACGAUAUUUGGCCAGAGACCAAAAUGGGUGACCAUUCCUUUGUACGUGAGGCCACACAAAAGUCACACACACAUACCUCUAUCUUGACAGGCAAAAGACAUGAGGGCAUCCCAGCUGAGCAGAAGUGCUUGAGACAAGUGAGGGAUAUGGCCUGUUGAGAGUCCCAGGGGAAGGAUGGAGAGGGCAGGAGAGUCAGAUUCAGCUCCCGGGCCUGGGGCUCCUCAGACCUGCCUCAUGUGGGAUGUCAGCAUCCAAAAUGCACGUGCAAAGGGUUAAUGGCAAGAACUGUGUGGCAGUUGUGGCAAUUGGUUCAGUUAUGGCAGUUAGUUAACAGUCUUAACAAUUACAGCAGCAGGCAUGUUGUGUUGUGGUGCUGUCUGCCUCAGAGUUAGCCAAGAUGCUGCAAUAGUUUGAUCUAUGUCAGAUGUAUUAGCACACUGAGCAAAAGUUAUCCGUUAUUUAAACUUUAAAAGAGUGUCUUGCGAAGGAGGGGGGCGGGGAAGAACUAAUUAAAGGGUAAAAUGACCCAAGGCUGACUUCUGCCUACUCUGCUAAUGGGAACUAGAGUUUAAUUCCAGCACCUCAAACCGUUCUUUGGAAUGCCAUAGCAUGGCACGAUACCCUUCACGGCGCAUUAACAUGCAGUAAUGUUCCGAGGAGGGCACCCCUGGGGCUGGUCCCCUCAUGGGAUAGAAAAGUUUUAUGGUAGGCCCUGCUCAUAGGUUUAAGACUAUUCCUUGACUCCAGGAGCUCCCACAUUGUGGCAUGUUGCCUCACAGCUCCUAACACUGAUUCAAAUGUUUGGCAAAGGUGCAGAGGAUUUCAGAUUUCUUCCAGGACUAGGACUGAAGCCCUUCCAUAGGCAGCCUUUUUUUCUGUUGGGGGGGCAUAAUCCUUUGGAGGUGCUUUGCCAGAGGCCUCACAAAGGCAAUGGGGCGAGCCCCUUCUUCUCUAUUCUGCCACUCCCUCCCUCUUACACACACAUUUCUCUCUCUCUCUCUUCCACGCUCUUCUCUCCUGCCACCUUUUUCCUUCCCCUUCCUUGCCACCCCCAUGGAAUCUGGCCGAGGGCCACACAAAAUGAGACAGAGGGCCACGGUUGCCCACCCCCUCAGGGCUAUAACCAGCCCCGAGCUAGAGGAGGGGUGAAAAUAAAAGCGUCCUCAUAAAAACUCUCAGUCCCAUAAAACGCCAGGAGGUUUUUGGACAAACAGUACCUUUUGCACAAGGGACGCGGGUGGCGCUGUGGGUUAAACCACAGAGCCUAGGACUUGCCGAUCAGAUGGUCGGCGGUUUGAAUCCCCGCAACGGGGUGAGCUCCCGUUGCUCGGUCCCUGCUCCUGCCCACCUAGCAGUUUGAAAGCACGACAAAGUGCAAGUAGAUAAAUAGGUACCGCUCCAGCGGGAAGGUAAACGGCGUUUCCGUGCGCUGCUCUGGUUCGCCAGAAGCAGCUUAGUCAUGCUGGCCACAUGACCCAGAAGCUGUACGCCGGCUCCCUCGGCCAAUAAAGCGAGAUGAGCGCCGCAGCCCCAGAGACAUUUGUGACUGGACCUAAUGGUCAGGGGUCCCUUUACCUUUACCUUUUGCACAUCUCAGUUGGUUCAGAGCUGGCGCUGAUAACACCAAGGUUGCAGGUUCGAUCCCCGUUUGGGACAGCUGCCUAUUGCAGGGGGUUGGGCUAGACUAGAGGAUCCUCAGGGAUCCAACUCUACGAUUCUACCUGAUCCUUCAUUUGGGAAACCACAACACACAUCGUCUCGUUCUCUUGAGCUCCACUUAGCUUCGCGCUGAGCACGUUAGCAAUUGACACACUUGAAAGAACUUUAACUGAGCAGGCAGUAUAUUCUUAAGGCAAACGGCCCCCGGGGAGUUUCGGCUUGCAAAAAAGAAAAGAAAAGGUGCGGGGCGGGGGGGUGGGGAGAGAGAAAAAAACACACCGGAGAGCUUAAUAUAAAUAUAAAGGGGAGGCGCUGUGCCUGCCCGAUGCCUCCAGGGGGCGCGCGCGGGGGGUUUCUCCGCCUCCUUUUCAGCCCAGGCGCCCGCGCGCGCUCCAGAAGGCGGGCGUCUCUCGCUGCGCGGAGCUGCCUCUCCGCCCGCGCCCAGCCCAGCCCAGCCCAGCCUCUCUCUCUCUCUCUCCUUUCUCCUCCUCAGUCAGAGGCGAGCGGAGCCCGAGAGCGCGGAGGGAUGGAGCCCGGCUUCCUGGAGGGAUGAAACUCCCGAGCGCCCCACCGGCUCCCUGAGCGCCCCGCUAGCUGCAAGCGAGGAUUUGCCAAGAGCGCGGCAGGAGCCCCUCCGCCGCCGUCCUGCGAGGGAGCGAGAAAGAGCCGGUUCGCAGAGCGCUCCAUUCUUCCCAGAUCCCUUGCUCAGGUAAGGCGGCUUCCCCUCGGCUGCUCCGCUUUGCAUCCCACCCUCCAAAAAGGCAUGCUGGCUAACUUUUUCUCUCCAGUGGGGUGUCUUUCUUUCUUUCUCUCCCUCCCAGACCCGCGUUCCCACGUUACGCGGCGCUUCUCGCCGUGCGGAAGGACCCUCAGUCACGGGGGUCUCCCGGGGGAAGUUGGAGACCCCGGACUCUUGGGCAAAGAGCUGUGAUUUCGAGGCCAUGGGAAACAAGACGGUCCCUUUUUUUCAUAGAGUUGUCCAGUGGGGAGCGACCCUGGGGGUCAUCUAGUCCAACCCCCUGAAAUGCAGGAAUAGGCUGCUGUCCCGUACGGGGAUCGAACCUGCAACCUUGGUGUUAGCAGCAGCAUGCUCUCGCCAGCUGAGCUAUCGGAAGCGGGUUGUGCUCUGUUCGGGUUAUUGAGGGGAAAUAGGGCACUGAUUUGGCUCCAUUCAUCGGGAUCCCUUUUAUGUCUUUGCAAAGGGACCCCAACCCAAGUUGGCGAGAGCAUGAGUCUCUCUCCCCCCCAGCACUGCCCUCACUGCAUGGGCUCCCACAGCUACUGCAGACUCUUUGCCUUGCACUUAUUUCCCAUCUGGGUGAAGUUGAGAGAGGAAGCAGCCUUAUUAUCUGUAGCAGUUACUGGUAUAAGAGUGUGUGUGUAUAUAUAUAUAUAUAUAUAUAUAUCGGUUAUUAAGUGUAAAGAAUAUCUUGAAUAUUCUCUAUAAAAAGAAAACUCCUCAAUGGGCAUUUUGUUUCAAAACGUUAGAUAAUCAUCUCCUGUACUGGUCUCUCUGUUUCAAAAUCCUUGCACAGCUCCGUUCUCUCUCCCGGUUACUUUGGGUAUCUGUGGCAGCCCCCUAAGUUGUGGCGCUCCUUCCCCACAGAGGUGCGCCUUACACAGCUUCUGGCGAAUUCUGAAAAUGCACUUCUUAACCCUGGCUUUUGACACGAGGUGUAGAGUUUUAAGACCCACCUUAUUUCUGCAAUUGUAAAUUGUUCUGAGCUGGGGUUUUUAAUAUUGCGUUUUAAUGUUGUAACCCAUGCCGGGACCUUAGGGUGAAGGGUGGUUCAGUCUUCAUCAUCAUCAUACCCAUCAUACCCAGUUCACCAACAACUUCUCUUUUUUGGCUCAAAGUACCCACCGAUGGACGUCAUAUCCCUGUUGAGUUUCAGAAUCUGACACCUGGCAUUGAAGCCUUCCUAACUCCCUUCAGCUGUGCUGUGCUCAGCAGUGAUUUCUGAUCAUCUGGUGAUGCUUCAGACCUGAGCUGCUGUCCUGUGCUCCUUAAGCCUCAGCUUGGCAGGGCUGCUUUCUGAGUAGGCAUGCCUAACACUGUACUUUCAUUUUCUGAUGAGAAAGCCCAGGCUGAAGCCACCGUUUACAAAAAGAAUACACUGCAUAACGUGUCAAUAAGUAUUUCCCCAGACCCAAUACAACCCCAAGUGUUUACUGGCAUGGAUUCUAUUUGAAUGUCUUGUUCCCUGGGCAGUGAAGGACAAUUUUUUAAGAGGCAAAUGGGAGUUUGGUGCACAGGAGCAGUAACGGGAACUUGGGUGAGAUCUGGGUUCAAAUCUGUUGCUGCGUUGACUUCUUCCACCUUAAGUUUUACAUGUGUGGUGGGUUACCAGUGUUAAUAAACAAUAAUAUUGGGGCCGGUUCACAGGUUAUCUACCUAAAAUACUUGCUGCGUUUGCAUAAUAAUCACAGGACAACCCAAAAGAAGCAACGCGUGUGUGUGCGUGAAAAAAAGAUAUAUGCAGUUGUUAGUGGUUUGGGAAAAACUUAAGGAAGGAGCAUUUUGUCACAAAUAGUAUCGGGAACAAUGGCAGUAACGGGAAGUAUCAUUAGAAAGUAAGAAGGAAUAGCUUUUGGGAGACCUCUUUGGGAAAAUACUGUGUUUUGAAAGGCGACUAACAAAUCUACUAAAUAAAAAGAGGACUGUAAAAUUGCUCACAUUUCUAAGGCACAUUUACCCUCAGAGAUAAUUGCAACCUUGUCUUUAGUAAUCGCAUUUUUGUUGCUUUCAAAUUGGCUUCUUUUUUGAAAACCUGGAUUGGCUAGGAUGUACAUUUGGGUCCCCUCCCCCUUUCAACUUCUCUCCUGAAUUUGUCUGUGAUUGGGGAAGUGCUUCGCGCACCUUGAUCCUAGGCAUCUUUACUCAGAAAUAAGUCCCACUGUGAUCAAUGGGGCUUCCUUUCAAGUAAGUAGGCAUAGGAUUAUAACCUGAAUGAAAAUGCCGUAAAAGGUUCUCUCUCCUUUCCUGAAGAGGGGGAAAGGAUUCCAAAGCGAAUUUCAGGGUUUCACCCUUCAGCCCAAUGUUUGGGGAGGGAUAUGGAGAAUCUGAGCCCAGCUUUGCAAUGGUAGAGGUACAUUGGUGGCUUCUGUUUGCCUGCAGAGAAGGAGAUGGCCAGUUGUCCCACCCCGGAAAAAGACCUUUGGGCUUGAGUUGGUGUCAACAAGAAAGGAUGCCCAUAAACAACUGUUCAUGAUUUUAUUAAGAUUCAAUGUUCAGAUUUCUUUUAUUUUGGCUUUCUUUUCUUUUUUAAGUGGGGCGGAGCGUUGUAUUUUCGAACUGAAUUUGUUGCAUUUUUGAAAGCUGCAAGAGCUGUUUACCAAAAUCAAUAAAAGAUACUGCCCUAUAAACAGGGGAAGGGCUUAUUCAGAAUACUCCUAGGGGUUUUUUUGUUUGUUUUUGGUGCCUUGGAGAGUUGCUGUGUCAGACUUAGGUGGGCCAGUAGUUGGUCUUGGUAUACUGGGAAAAGACAGAGCUGUGCUUUCUUGAACAUAAGUGCAAUGCAGGGUAAAUGGUGUUCCUUGCGUUCAGUGCUGACACCACCUAUCUAUGCAUUUCUCCCAAGUAACUAGAACUUUCACCUCAUAAGGAAACUCUGCGUCAAUAUAUAAUAAAUAUGCCACAUUAAAGGCACCACCCACUUGACGCACAGUCCGAAUGGUGAGAAGCAAAGCUUUGGGGUAGUGUAGAUUAGGGCUUCCUGAACUUGGGUCUCCAGCUGUUUUUGGACUACAGUUCCCACCAUCCUUGACCACUGGUCCUGCUAGCUAGGGAUGAUGGGACUUGUAGUCCAAAAACAGCUGGAGACCCAACUUUGGGAAACCCUGGUGUAGAUGCUUUGCUUCAGGAUCUGGAGAGCGGACCAGGAAUUUGCCUAAUGCAAAAAGCUUGCAGGAACUUGAAAGAACAACCGUUUUAUGGGAUGUAGCAUUCUUUGGAACUUAAUGCCAGGGGAUGUGGUAGCAACUGUCAAGAGUUGAAACCGGUUUCAGAAACAAGGAUGUUGUCCAGUUUGAUAUGUUUUUAGCCGUUUAUGUGCCACCCAUUAAUGGGCGAUUUAUUUAUUUAAUCAGUAAAAUACGCUUGCAAUCAAACAGAAACCAUCAAUAUGAAAAGUUAGAAUUUCAGUAGAGCCCCCUACCCCAGCAGAAAACCAGCACAAGGAAGCAUAAGAUAAAUUAGAAACAACACCAAAAGCUAUCAAAUAAAUAUGGGAAAUAAAAAUGUUCAAAGAAGUGAAGCGUACGGAGCCUCAAUUAUUAAAAAGCCUGUGCGUGUUUACUUAGGCAUACACGACUAUAUGCAUGUAAAAGGCUGGUUAAUGUGGGUGUGUAAGAAAAACGGUUCCAUGCAUUUUUGGCAGGCAGUGUGUGGUUCAGAUUCCUCAACCUACACUCGCUGUCCUUGCAGCUGGAUUUAUUCUUAGUAGGUCUGCAUAGGAUUGUAUUGUAAACCAGGUCACUUCACUGAAGCAUUCCUUGUUAGCAUGCCAGAGUUCUGUGGGUGCCCUGCUAGCAUGCAAACACUGCAUGUGUACUGGCAUCUGAGAAUCCUGGUUUAAAAGAGAUGCUGUGUGUAUUGGAGAUGGUGCACAGGUGUGAUUUCCUUACGUGUUUGAUGUUCUAUUUGAAUUGGACCAAAGUCCCGGGGGGCAGGGGGGCCUUGAUAGGAUUGUAACUUCAAGAACAGCUGUGAAAAAUAGGAAUAUUUCCCCAAUCCCCAAAGACAUUUAUUUAGCAUAUGCCCCAUUCAUUUUAAUGAAUUUUGCAUCUGAAUAAGAAGCUUAGAGUUGCAGCUCAAGGUUGCCAUUCUAAGGCUGAAGUUCUUCAGACACUUGCUAGAGUCAAAUGGAUUUUGCAUUGGAGUAAUAAGUUUGGGAAGGGACGUGGGUUAAACCACAGAGCCUAGGACUUGCCAAUCAGAAGGUCGGCGGUUCGAAUCCCCGUGACAGGGUGAGCUCCCAUUGCUCAGUCCCUGCUCCUGCCAACCUAGCAGUUCGAAAGCUCAUCAAAGUGCAAGUAGAUAAAUAGGUACCGCUCCGGCAGGAAGGUAAACGGCGUUUCCGUGCGCUGCUCUGGUUCGCCAGAAGCGGCUUAGUGAUGCUGGCCACAUGACCCGGAAGCUGUAUGCCGGCUCCCUUGGCCAAUAAAGCGAGAUGAGCGCCGCAACCCCAGAGUCGUCCACGACUGGACCUAAUGGUCAGGGGUCCCUUUACAUUUACCUUAGUAAGUUUGACCUUGCCGCUUGGGGUUCUAAUAUUGCAAUUCUAAUGACACUUACUGAACGUGAAACACUGCAAUAUGUGUGUGCUCAGGGGUGAGCCCCUCUAAGUUCCAUUAAACUUACCCCAUGGGCAUUGCUAGGCACCGAAAAAGACUCGGGGAACAGAGUUAAUACACAAAUUUGUCUCUAGGAAUAUUCAGAUGGCAGGUGACUGGUAGCAAUCUUUGGCAUCAUGCUCAGCCACCUUGUAAGCAAAGUUUUUUGUUUUAGAAAAAGUUUAACAAGUAGGGUAAGAGAAGAAGGGAAAGGAGACCCAGGGUUCAGACCUGAGGUUUGGGCCCGCUCAACAACCCCACCAACUCCGCUGAACUUACUCCCAGGGUAGGAUGUGUGUGUAGGAUUGUGGUGCAACUCUGUUGAACGAAAUAGGCUUUACUUCCACAUAAGCCUGCGGCUUUCACUCUUUUGUCAGAGCUAGUUCCACUGAAAUAUGUGGAAGGCGAUCCUAUGCAGGCUCCUGUGGAAGUAAAUCUUAUUGCAUGCAUUGGUGCAGUUUUGCAAUCCUGUAUGCACUUAUCCGGGAGUAAACCCUGUGAACUUAUUUCCAACCAGUGUGCCAAUAGUGGCAUAUAAAGAACUCAGGCACAAGUCUCUCUCUUGAGAAAGUAUUUCCAAACAUGGAUACUAUCCACAGGGUGUGCCUUUAGUUUUCUUGUGAUUUUCUCAGUUGGGGAUUGCCAAUGUGCCAAUGCGUAGCCUCCAUGUUUUGUGGGCUACAACUUUCAUCAUCCCCGAACCAUUACCUUUGCUGGUAGAUCUGAUGGGAGAGAAACAUCUGGAAGACCACAGCUUGGUCACACCUAUUGUAAUUCAUCAGGAACUGACUGUGUCAGAGAUGGGGUAGAUCAGUUUUUGGAUGGAGGCAAUAAAGUUGUUGUUAUCCUCUGAUUCAGUCACAUCCUUUUGUUGCUCUUUUGGUCCCAUAGAUCCUUGUUGGGUAAGGUGCUACCUCGUAUUGGAUCAGCCCCUGUUGAUGGAGGAUGAUGCAAGCUUUCCAACUCUUCACUAGUUAGAUUUGUUUCCUUUAGGAAGGAACACAGGAAGCUCCCUUUUACCUGGUCAAACCAUUUGCCCAUCUAGCUCAGUAUUGUCUGACUGGCAGUAGCAGGUGAUCUUUGCUGCCAUCUACUACCCAAUUCCUUAUCACUGGCGAUACCAGUGAACACAUGUUGUGCUGUGAGCUGCAAUCUUUUUCUAUAACGUAAACAUUGGGAAAAUGGUAGAGCCGGGUUUCUCAAACCUGCCUGGUUAUCUAAAGCUAAGGCUGUAAUCCUAAACACACUAGUAGUAAGCACCAGUGAAACAAAGUGAGCUUGUAGUAAGCAAGCCUCCGAUCAGAAUGCAAAAAGGAUUAUUUUCACGCAUUACAUGUGCACUGCUGGGUUUUUCUAAUCAUUGUGAAGGCAGCUGAAGGGGUGAACUGCCUUAACUGAAGAGCACUGGGUUCAGCACUAAGCUGAGGGGAUGCAAAAUAAUAAUAAUAAUAAUAAUAAUAAUAAUAAUAAUAAUGCCUUUUUUAUACAGGUGCCUACAGAGAAUAUCCAUAAAAAGCAACUGUGCCAAAAGUAAUUAUUGUGGAAAUGAGAAAUAUUGAGUGGGGGGAACCAGAUUUUGUCCUCACUCAGAGUGCCAUAUUACCAAAAUCUGGCCCUCUUGGGUUUAUGGUGACGGGGUGAGCUCCCGUUGCUCGGUCCCUGCUCCUGCCAACCUAGCAGUUCAAAAGCACGUUAAAAUGCAAGUAGAUAAAUAGGUACCGCUCCGGCGGGAAGGUAAACGGCGUUUACGUGCGCUGCUCUGGUUCUCCAGAAGCGGCUUAGUCAUGCUGGCCACAUGACCCGGAAGCUGUACGCUGGUUCCCUCGGCCAGUAAAGCGAGAUGAGCGCUGCAACCCCAGAGUCGAUCACGACUGGACCUAAUGGUCAGGGGUCCCUUUACCUUUACCUUUUACUCCUGCAUUCAGACUCAGGAAGGAAGGAAGGAAGGAAGUUUCCCAUUACAUGCAGUCCAAGAACUGCAAUUAUAAAAACUUCUGAACAUCCGGGAUUUGGAAGCCAUUAACAAUAGUUCCUGGUUAAAGAACCAGAAGCUCAUCUAGUAAACAGGGCUGUAACUCAGUGAUAGAGCAUCUGCAUUUGGUCCCAGGCAUCUCUAAGUCGGACUAGGGAAGACUCCUUGUCUGGAACCCUGGAGAGCUGCUGUACUUCAGUGUAGACUAUACCGAGCUAGAUGAACCAACAGUCUGAUUUUGUACAAGCAUCUUCCUGCUUCAGCAUCCUGAUCUCACAGUGACCAACCGCAUGGCUUUGGGAAGCCUGCAAGUUUGCACCUACUGGGAACUAUAGUUAACUGUGACUUCCUGAGUUGUUUUUCUGCUUAUGCAAAGGGAAGAACAAAGCCGUUUGCACAAAGCUUCCAUGUACCCUGGCUUACUAAGCCAGAAUUUGAUCAUGCACAUUUGGCCAACAAUAUCCAUUAGCCAUCUACAGUUAUGUUAAAUAAAUGUCACUGUUUGUAACUGACAGCUGGCCCUUCCAUAGCUGUCAACUUUUCCCUUUUCUUGCGAGGAAUCCUAUUCGGAAUAAGGGAAAUUCCCUUUAAAAAAGGGAAACAUUGACAGCUAUGGGCCCUUCAUCUCCUUUUCAGGUAUAUUAGGUAAAGGUAAAGGUACCCCUGCCCAUACGGGCCAGUCUUGCCAGACUCUAGGGUUGUGCGCUCAUCUCACUCUAUAGGCCGGGAGCCAGCGCUGUCCGCAGACACUUCCGGGUCACGUGGCCAGCGUGACAAGCUGCAUCUGGCGAGCCAGCGCAGCACACGGAACGCCAUUUACCUUCCUGCUGGUAAGCGGUCCCUAUUUAUCUACUUGCACCCGGAGGUGCUUUCGAACUGCUAGGUUGGCAGGCGCUGGGACUGAACGACGGGAGCGUACCCCGCCGCGGGGAUUCGAACCGCCGACCAUGCAAUUGGCAAGUCCUAGGCGCUGAGGUUUUACCCACAGCGCCACCCGCAUCCCUUUCAGGUAUAUUGGUGCAAUCCAAUAACAUGACUUGCUUGAGUCUUCUCUUGUCUCUGUUCCUUAUCUUGUUUCCACCUUCCUUUAAUUUUUCUCUCUGGCAACUUCUUCCAGUGUCGUCACUUACGACACGGUAAAGUGAGCUAUUGGCAGCAUCUAGUUCCAGAAACAGAGUUUCCUUUUAAACAGUCAAUUUUCUGUUGAUUAAAAUUAGCUUUGCGUUCCAGUUUUUCUGCAUAUGUGAUCCUUCAUGAUUAGUUCCACAUUUGCUUUGGGGCUGUGUAAACAUAAACAUACAGCUAGACAAUGUAGUGAUUUUGUUAAUUUUUCUCCAAGAAAUGUUUAAACCCCCUGAUUAAUUUUAGGCAUGGUAGAUAAAACAAAAUACGAGUUCACGAUGCUCUUUUUAAAGCAUGUCUUGUGAUUUUGCACAGCUUUGAUGAGACUGCCUCAAAAUAUUUCAUAUCCAUUAUUUUCCAUUGAUGAACUGGGGCUAGUCUGGGCACUUGGUUAAUCUUUACAAGGCAGAUUUGAUAUUAAAACCAGCUGGGAGCACUGCCUAUAUAUGGAUCCUAAGAUUGCAAUUUGUCAUUUGCUAUGUACCUGGCUUUAAACCUGAUUAAAUAACUUUGUGUGAGAGCAUCUCUUUUUGAGAUGCCCCACUGAACUAUUGCAGAAAAGUUUAAGUCAUUGUAGGGGGUUACGUUUUUAAAGUCUAGAGCCUACCAACUGGUGGCAUGAAUGUAGCAGAACCUUUGCCAUCUCAUAGAAAUAAUACAUCUGCUUGCUCAGGAAAGGGUCAGUGUAGACAAUACCAUGCUUGAUAGAUGAUCUGUCUACCUUGGUAUAAGACUGUUUCUUAUGUUUCUACGACUUGGAUUCUCAGAUAAAUUAAUUUUUCAUUCAUGGAAGGAAAGUUUUCUGUUUCCUCCUCCCCUGUUGCCUAUCCCACAUAGCUCAGGAGGGCCCCUUAAUUAUACAGAGAUGCUUUUCAGGGGGUUGUAGCGGAGAGGACAGGAAAGUUUCCUUCUGAAAACUUCUUUAAGGGCUCAUCCAGACUUUCUUUUGCACCAUACUUUUCCUUUUUGCGCCACGUUUUCCUGGGGAAACCAGCAUUUUACUGCUGAAUCAAAGCAAAUGGCAGUCUUCAGAAAACUCAGUUGUCAGUUGCGGGUUUCCCAAGGGAAAACACUGUGGGGGAAAAACAACAAACCACCCCAAAUGCUCAGUCACAGAGCUUUAAAGCUCAGACCUGUGCCUAGAAAUGUGGUGCCAAAGGCAAUCUGGAUGAGCCCCAAGUUUCCUUAGGCUCCAACCUAUUGAUCCUGAUUGAAAAUGUAUCCUGAACACAUUAUAGCAAUGGGAACUUUGAAAUCUAUGGAACUAUUUCCACAGUGGCCACAAUCUAAAUGCAAGUUGAUGUUCAAGUCCAGUGAGUGCAGUACAUGUAACCAUGGAUUACUUGGUGUUCGAUCAUGGUCAUCUUGUUUAGGUCAGACGUACAGCCAAAGUAGACAAUAUCUACUGAUAGAUCUGUUGCUCUUUUAGAUGUAAUUAGAAGUGCACAUCACUAUCGCCUUCCAUGUCUCUGGUUUGAUCUUUCUCCCCGAUUUUCAGUAUGCCCUCCCCCCCCCUUGUUUAGUCUUAAAUUAGAAAAAGGGAAAACUAUAGGAAUUCAAUGAAGCAAAUAUUAAGACCUUUGUCUGGGGCUCUUUGGAGCACAUUUAAAGUUCAUCUCAGAAGCAUUGGAUUAUAUGGGAGAUUGGCUAGAGGCUAUUGGUAAGGCGUUUUCUUAAGGUUGCAACCCAGAACACAUUUGCUAGAAUUACACAGUGCAAUCAUAUGCAUGUCUAUUCAGAGGUGAGUCCCAUUGAGUUCAUACUCCCGGGUUAGAUAGUAUAGGACUAGCGAUGUCUGAACAAUCUGUUCCAACAUUAAUUCACACCUUCAUCUGACAUUUUGCAUUCUGUUACAAUUGAUUUAAUUUGCACAAGUCUUUAUUCCACUUCAUAAUCCACAAAUGUGGAAAUAUGUACUUUUUCAUAUAUCAUAGCACACAAUAGAUAUGCAUAUUUCAGCCACAUCAGCAUAUAUUUAUAUAUCAGUAAUUUUCCUGUGUGUUCUCUUUCAAAGUUAGUGAAUUUCCAGUCUUUUGUAGGAAAAAACAAUUGAGAGCCUUAUGGUAACUUAAAGACAAAGUUAAUGAACAGACUAACGGUUCAUUAUAAAACAGUCUAUGGUUGUAAUUUCAGCCAUAUCUGCUCUGAAGUAAGUUCUUUUCAGUUCAAUGGAACUUACUUCCAGGUAAGUAUGGUUAGGAUUGCAGCCUAUCCCACUCACUUAACCAGACGCAUCCUGAGAUCCACAGGUAUAAAGUGGUAUACAAUUUUAAUAAAUAAUAAUAAUAUUUUAAAUUGCAAAAUUUCAUUACAAAAAUUUGAGAUUUUUUUUUUAUCUCAUACUUAAAAUGGUCAUGUACAUGUGUCUGGUGAAACAUCACACUGGGAGUAAUUUAUGUUUUAGGUAUUUGUAGUAAUCCUGAUUUGUUGAUUGACAGUUUUAAAUCUUUUUUCAUGCCCGUGUAUUCCUGCCACGUGAAAAAGACCCACAGUAGAUGGCAUGUUCUGUUGGUUUCUAAAUUCAAUUGGGAUGUGACUGGAAGGAUGGCAAGGACACUUGUAAAGCCAAAAAUUCAAAGAUUAUGGGGAUGGUUUAAUGGUCAAAAAUUCCUAAUAAUAAUAAUAAUAAUAAUAAUAAUUUAUUAUUUAUACUCCGCCCAUCUGGCUGGGUUUCCCCAUCCACUCUGGGCGGCUUCCAACUGAAUAUUAAAAACAAUACAGCAUUAGACAUUAAAAACUUCCCUAAAGAGGGCUGCCUUCAGUUGUCUUUUAAAAGUAAAAUAGUUGUUUAUUACCUUGACAUCUGCUGGGAGGGCGUUCCACAGGGCAGGCGCCACUACCGAGAAGGCCCUCUGUCUGGUUCCCUGUAACCUCACUUCUCGCAAUGAGGGAACCGCCAGAAGGCCCUCGGCGCUGGACCUCAGUGUCCGGGCUGAACAAUGGGGGUGGAGACGCUCCUUCAGGUGUACAGGUCUGAGGCCGUUUAGGGCUUUAAAGGUCAGCACCAACACUUUGAAUUGUGCUCAGAAAAUGGACUGGCUGUUGAGUAUUCAUUUCAACACUGAGCUAUCGUGUGAUAUAAAAGCCCCUUCUGGAAGCCAAACAGAAUAAAACACAGGUGUAGUUUCCAUUUUAUUUGCUUCCAGAAAAAAAUCAGUGUGCAAACCUGGACACCCAGAAAAUCAUGUUUUGUGCAGGGGUGUCCACUGGUCAAGAUCCUGCAGGGUGCAGGUAAUGUUCCACAAGCACCACUCCAUCUCCAGGAUUGCCUCUACCCCUUCACAGCUGUUCUGCAGGGGCCAGGUGAUCCUGCAGAGACGGGGCGAGGCUCAGCAAGUGGCUUUCGUCAAAGAAUGCUGCUUGCGGAGCAUCAGACACACCUCUGGAUUGGCUGGUCAGUUUUAAGGAAAGCUGCAGAACGGACCUCUGCUCAACAGCUGUUGGACGGAGGCAGAGUUUCUACUGCAGUACCUGCUGGCGUGGAUGGAAUUUUGCACGCCGUGGCAGCACAUAGGUACUGCAGUGUGAAAGGAGCGUUAGAAAUCGGAGCAGAAAGGCUCCUGUUAUAAUUGGUAAAGGUGACAUGAUAAAUGCCAUGUCUGAAUGCAGCCUCAGCUAGUUCCUAAAGUUGCUCAUAUACCCCUCUCUAGCCUCCAUCCAUGGAAGCCAGAGGCAAAAUCCAGGGACACAGUCCAGCCAGGUAGAAACUUUGAAAGAGGAUGAAAAGUAGGACCAGUGUCUUGGAUGUGUGUGUGUAAGGCUGGAGAGGGAGUCUGGUCUUAGGAAGGUCCAGGGGGUGGGGAACUGAUAGAGAGGAUUGAGGGGCACAUUUCUCCACUCUGAAAUACAGAUUUGUAUUUUUGUACUAAGAUUUUUGGGACGCGGGUGGCGCUGUGGGUUAAACCACAGAGCCUAGGACUUGCCGAUCAGAAGGUUGGCAGUUCGAAUCUCCGCGACAGGGUGAGCUCCCGUUGCUCGGUUCUUGCUCCUGCCAACCUAGCAGUUCGAAAGCACGUCAAAGUGCAAGUAGAUAAAUAGGUACCACUCCAGCGUUUCCGUGCGCUGCUCAGGUUUGCCAGAAGUGGCUUAGUCAUGCUGGCCACAUGACCUGGAAGCUGUACUCCGGCUCCCUCGGCCAAUAAAGCGAGAUGAGCGCCGCAACCCCAGAGUCAGCCACGACUGGACCUAAUGGUCAGGGGUCCCUUUACCUUUACUAAGAUUUUAUUGGGAUGACCUAUUACGAUGUGGUUGUUGUUGUUGCUUUUAAAAAAAAUGUGCGCUCUGUGUGUGUGUGUGUGUGUGUGUGUGUGUGUUUUAAUGUUCUGGGAACAGCUUCGGUUUUAAUAAAUAAAACUGAAGUGGCAUAGGCUCGGUUCCUUUCAAAACUGUGGGGAAAUAUCCAGGUUUUCUACCUGAGUUUGCCAGAUAUGUAUUGAAAAGGAGGAGCAUUAGAAAUGCCCUCUGGAUAUUUAAGUAGGACUGGUUCAGUAAGUGACCUGCUACUACACUGAUUUGAUGUUUUCUGGGUUGGUUGCUAGAAUAGUUUCCUGUGCACGCCCAGGUGGAAUAUAGGCACAGAGGCCUAACACAGACACUUGCUGGUGAAGCUUCUACUAUCAGUGGCGAAGGGAGUAUCUGAAAAAAACGUAAAAACAAAACAGUCUUGUCUAGUCUUUGAUUGAAAGGUUGCUUUAAAUUCUGAGCAGCUUAUGGAACCUUUGGGAUAGAAAAUGAAAUUCAUAUCGUGUUUCUUUUUCCAAUGGCUAGAAGGUGCAGCGGGCGGGAAUACUGUGCUCUAACUUGACUUUAAACUAGCUCUAGAUAUCAUGUGCGUUGCGCUCCCCACCCGCAUUCCAAUCCAAAGAGCAAAACAGUUAGCGGCAGCGUAGCAGAGAUAGCCUCUAAGUUGUUGUUAAACUACAACUCCCACCAACCCUGACCAUUGCCUAUGCUGGCAAGGGCUGAUGGGAGCUGGAGUCCAGUAAGAUCUGAGAAGCCUCACAUUGGGUAGUCCUGCACUUUAGUCUAUUAAUGAACUUCUGCUUUGAUAUGGCACAGGACAGGAAGCAUCUCAGAAAGUGACAAAUAGAGCCUAUUUAAAAAGGACUCUAUCCUUGGAUUGAAUGGGUAAGCUGCCUCUACCAGAAGAUGCUGCUACUGGUGGUAUGCCUAGAGCAGGCAUAGGCAAACUCAGCCCUCCAGAUGUUUUGGGGCUACAACUCCCAUCAUCCCUAGCUAACAGUACCAGUGGUCAGGGGUGAUGGGAGUUGUAGUCCCAAAACAUCUGGAGGGCCGAGUUUGCCUAUGCCUGGCCUAGAGCAGCAGUGAACUGUUAGCAAACAGACCUGCAUGCCAUUUGGCAUGCCCUGUGCCACCCACUGUACCUUAGCUCUUAGAUGAGGUGGAGGUCAUUGUCUUUUGGCUGCGUUGAAGUAAGAGUCAACUGCAAGCUGUAUGUGGGACAACAAGAACAAUAACUAUCUGACUUUUAGAAGGCAUCUGAAGGCAGCCCUGUAUCAGGAAGUUUUUAAUGUUUGAUGUUUUACUAUGCUGUAAGCCACCCAGUAUGGCUGGGGAAACCCAACCAGAUGGACGAGGUAUAAAUAAUAAUAAUAAUAAUAAUAAUUUAUUAAUUAAAUGUGGAAUUUUGCCAAAGGUGAAGGGCACCAUCUUGUUCUCCUAAUCAAGCAGUGAAAUGCGUUGGGUAGGGAGUCUUAAAUUUAGUUGUUCACAUCAUUUUGCAAUUAAAAAUAAAUAAAAGUCCUCAUGAAAAUUCACCAGAGAAUUUCUCCUAAAAGGCACUGUUGUUGUUUUUUUUUGCAAAGCAAUUUCCCCCAAUAGAAUGCUCUUUUCACUCUGUGCAUAUAUGUGCCAAUUUUACCACCCUAAACACAUUUUUUGACAUGUUCUUUGGCUAGGGAACUGUGUUGCAGAAUUUGGACAACUGUGGGUUUUGAAAGAUGGCUGCUUUUGGUUGUUGUUUGGGAAAGUGUGAAUUAGGUCAGAUUGCCUUUAGACGCCACUUUGAGUUCCUUAGAGGGAAAAAGUGGGAUAUAAAUGCAAUCAAUCAAUCAAUCAAUCAGUCGUGUUGAUUGUGUUGAUAGCUAUGUCUCUCUUUCCCCCACACCUGACAUCACAUAUGGCCUCAUGUUUGGGGAGAACAACCUUACAGGGUGACUCUGAACCCUUUGUGGGCUGAAUUCAGCUGGCAGUCUAGAGGUUUCCUACCUCUGGCUUAUGGGAUCCAAUUUUUUUCUCCUCCUUGCCAUCCCACCAGAGUACGGGCUUAUAUGGAAAAAUUCCAGCAUGAGUUAGGUUGUAGUACAUACAAGGUCACAGCUGGUCACUUGUGGCUUUGGGUGCUUGUGGUGGCUGUUCCUCCAGUCUGCAUAAAAUGACAGUAAUAAUAAUUUAUUACUUAUACCCCGCCCAUCUGGCUGGGCCUCCCCAGCCACUCUGGGCAGCUUCCAACAGGAUAUUAAAGGUAAAGGUACCCCUGACAGUUAAGUGCAGUCGCGAACGACUCAGGGGUUGCGGCUCUCAUCUCGCUCUGUAGGCCGAGGGAGCCGGCGUUGGUCCGCAGACAGCUUCCAGGUCAUGUGGCCAGCAUGACUAAGCCGCUUCUGGCGAACCAGAGCGGCACAUGGAAACGCCGUUUACCUUCCCACCGGAGUGGUACCUAUUUAUCUACUUGCACUUGACGUGCUUUCGAACUGAUAGGUGGGCAGGAGCUGGGGCCGAGCAAUGGGAGCUCACCCCAUUGCGGGGAUUCAAACCGCCAACCUUCUGAUUGGCAGGCCCUAGGCUCAGUGGUUUAGACCACAGUGCCACCUGCGUCCCAAUAGGAUAUUAAAAACACAAUAAAACAUCACACAUUAAAAACUUCCCUAAACAGGGCUGCCUUCAGAUAUCUUCUAAACCUUAGAUAGUUGUUUAUUUCCUUGACAUCUGAUGGGAUGGCGUUCCACAGGGCAGAUGCCACCACCGAGAAGGUCCUCUGCCUUAUUCUCUGUAGCUUCACAGUGAGGGAACUGCCAGAAGGCCCUCAGCGCUGGACCUCAAUGUCUGGGCUGAACAAUGGCAGUGGAGACGCUCCUUCAGGUAUAUACUGGGCCAAGGCCGUUUAGGGCUUUAACAGCUGAAGGCAGCCAAAACUUUAAAAAGCAAUUUCUAAGUUUCUGCGCAUGGGCGAUGGAUAAGAUUAUGUGGCUGAUGUGGGAAUCAGAUUAUUAAUUUUAAAUAUGCAUAGCAUAGCUGAUGUGACCGUCAUGAAUGCAGUUUGGGGGAUGAUUAAUAGUGGGGCCUGUAACCAAGACUACCGAACUUGACCUUGUGACUCCUUCAUCAAGCAGGCUUUCAAAUGAGCAGUGAAACCUAUAUUUAUCUCAUAUCUUUUAAGAACAUAGCACUUUUUUCAAUGUUGUUCUCAAGGCGUUCUCUUCAAGGAAGGAAAUGCAACAGCCAGCCUCUCAUGAUGAGAGACCCAAACAAAAUUCCCCCAGAAAUCCAGUUUCCCCUUCCCCAUAAUUUAGAAAGGAACCGUGUUCUGUGGAGUUAUAAUAGGUUCUUUCUUCCCACCCACAACCACCCAAUGGCGGUUCAGGGCCUGCAACAGGGGCAUGGCUUAAGACACUUUGGACCAGGGUAUCUGAAGCCUUAUCUACUCUGUGAACCUGCUAUGGUCUUCUGAGGUCCUUCUCUGGGUACCCUGCCUUCUGAGGCGAGGUGGACGGUGACUGGAAAGAAAGCCUCCACAACUACGUAACGCUGUGUCUACUGUUAAACAGACUGAAAUGGCCCCCUUAGGCAGUUGAUUUUGGGUGUUGUGAAAGGGAACAUUUUCAUAAGAACAUAGGAAGAGCUCACUUUCCUCUCCUGCCGUUUCCAGCAACUGGCGUUCAGAGGCAUGCUCUGCUUCAGUUGGUAAAAAUAACUUGGCUGGACUUGGUUUCUAUGGAAAAAAAGCAUAGGGAAACUAUGGAGAAAUUCAGACUUGCUGCUCUGCGCCAGGAAGCCUUGGGUUGGCUGGCUGUGCUUGGCAUCUCCCCUCGUGUCGUUUUGAUGCCAGGUGAAGCGUCCACAGGCCAUUAGAUUGCAUUGAUUACAAGUGGAUUUUUUUUCAAGCGCGCUAAAGGGAUUGGUGGCUUUACCAGGUGAAUGUCUGCCCAUCACAUUCAGACUAAUGCAGCCCUGCUGGGAAAGUAAGUUUCCCAUUGAAUGCCAUUGUCAUUCAGCAUAAUAAAAGAGGAGGGAAAUUCAAACAUGCAUCUAACUUAAUGAGGCAAAUUGAAGUUGCAUGUAUUUCAAUCCCAGGCUAUUAAUUUACAGCUCUGGAGAAAGCAGAGCGUGCCGCCUCUUUCAACAAUGUUUCAGUGGCAGAAAAAGCUUCAUUUUCUUUCAGCGUUCUGGAGUCUAUCCUAGAGAAAAACAUGGGACACGCUAUAAUAUUUUUUUGGAAUAUGUUGUUAGUUCUCUUUAGUCACCUUCUUAAAGCUGUAGCAGUCUCGAUGAAACAGAGUCAAGGUUUGGGAGAUAGAUAGAUAGAUAGAUAGAUAGAUAGAUAGAUAGAUAGAUAGAUACAGUGCUGAGUAUCUACUUUAAAUACUGGGGUGAGUGUUUAUUUUCAAGAUAGUUCAAGAAGAGGUAAGAGGCUGGCUGUUGCUAUUUGAGUGGCAGGACACUAGGGGGCACUGGAGUACAAGCCGAAGCUCAGUACUUAGAAAGUACAGAGCAAAUUAUAUAUGAGCGGGAAUUGUGUGUGUGUGUGCGCGCGCGCGAGCAUGGGCGCAAAUAGAGUAGGGUUGGGUUGGGUUGUUGUCCCUCUGUUCCAACUCUGAGAUAAUUUGAACACUGUUCUCCAGUUGCAGAAGCUGCAGUCCCCUGCUAAACUGCACCCAAUGCUAUUUAGAACACACACUUUUGUUUUAUUAAUCCAGAAUAUGCCCAUACUGUUAAAGAGUAGGAAUGCCUUCCACCAAGACACAGCACUCAUAAGCGUGGUCUGUAGGAAAUGGCAAGGAAAACUGUCCUCUUCCCACUUUUUAAUCAUCCUGAUUGGGAAAAUAGGGCCAGGGUCAGCCUUGCCCAACAUUCAUCAAGUGAAAGUGUGUGUGUGUGUGUGUGUGUGUGUGUGUGUGUGUAAAAUCAUGUUCUUCUAAAAGAGAGGAGCCAGAAGAGAGCCGGGCUGUUCUUCCAAUGAUUUCCUCCUAGGUCUCAAUCUAGGUCUCUUUCUGUACUCCCAGUCCAAGAGAAUUAUUAAUUACAUUUUCCCCCUGCCUGGUCUCCAGUGAGAUUAAGGCAGUGUACAUGGUUCUCAAAUAUACAUAUAACACUACCUAAUGCUUAUUCCACACUUGUAAGGAAUUGAUUUUUCAUUGUGGCAGAACCUACACUCUGCCCAAGCGCCUUCACUGUACAAUGGUACCUCGGGUUAAGAACUUAAUUCGUUCUGGAGGUCCGUUCUUAACCUGAAACUGUUCUUAACCUGAAGCACCACUUUAGCUAAUGGGGCCUCCUGCUGCUAUCGCACCGCUGGAGCACGAUUUCUGUUCUCAUCCUGAAGCAAAGUUUUUAACCCGAGGUACUAUUUCUGGGUUAGCAGAGUCUGUAACCUGAAGCAUCUGUAACCUGAAGCGUAUGUAACCCAAGGUACCACUAUAUCGUUUUUCCCACCUGUUAAAAUUUUUGGUUAGGCAAACCUUCCCAGAAACAUAAAGCUGGCAUGCAUUUUAACAUGUAGCAGUAUUUUAUAAUGUCUGGAUGACGCUUUAUAUUGUUAGACCAGCUUGCUUUUACCUUCUGACCUUUAUCAAUAGCUUUAAUGUAUAUUUUAUGUGAGACGUUUAUAGAGAUUUGUACGGUUCUCAUACGUAGGCACAGGGCUGGUGGGUGUGGCUUGGCUCAGGCGGCCUCUUGAGCCAAAUGGGGAGGCCUCUCAGGUCUAAUUUAUUGGCAGAUUCUCCACUCCAGCAACAAAAAGCUGACAAGGGCUGCACAGAGCAAUUCAAAGUGUUUUUAAAAUAAGAUGCUUGUAACAGAGAGAAGAAGACAGUGAGACUAAUAAGCUGCAUUGCUGUAGAGUUGCAAAAGUAGACUGCCAUUGAACAUCCGGAGUCAAUUGCUUCGCUCUCCCUACCUGAGUCUUCGCAGAAAUCUUUGAAUAAUGUUUGUCCCUUAGGUUUCAUCCAGACACUUACUACGAUAUGCAAUAGCACUUCACUCAAUCUGACCGAGACCCGAACCGAAUUGGGCAUUUUCGGAGGAACUAGGCUGCUGGACAAGCCAUGGAUUGAUCCAGGGUUGGGCUGGAUCCAUGGCUCCCACAAGGUGGAACAUCAGGCAGGAAGGAGAGGCAGGCACCGGGCAGGAAACUUGUCAGAAGGUCAAGACAGACCCUAACCACUUGCUUUGUCUUCCUGGGAGAAGGUAGGAGCCCAUGGCCUGCCUUGCCCUGCCUGCCUGAUGCCUGUCCCUGAAGCAGUACCACCCAUGAUUUAAUGACUCCAUCAGCAGGUGCAUCAAUUCUUCAUGCUGCAAAGGGAAGCCACUUGCAAAGGAGCACAGGGCAGGAUCAGUGCCUCCAAGAAACAGCUAUUCAGCAGAGGUGCGGAUCCUGCAAAGUGCAGGGUUCUCCUUUGCAAGCAGCUUCUCAGAGAAUCUUGCUUAUUUGUGAGUAAGCCUCACUGAACAUGGUGGGAUUUACUUGCGGGAAACGUGAUUGCACUAUUAGCAUAUUAAAAUAUUUUAUGUCAAUAAGUAGCUCUAAGAUAUCUGGGGCUUGAUUUACCUUCGGUUGCAACCAUAAUGAGAUGUUGCUGGAAUUAGCAAGGAGAAGGACGGGGGGAAGCCCUGGUGAAUAAAAUGUAGCUCUAUUUUGAUAUAACAAAAAUUAACUGCAAAUCUCAAGCUAGCAAGAUCUAAAAUCAAGCCAGACAGCUGUGCCUUGUUGGGUCUGCUGUUAAUUACUUUCCCAAACUGCUGUUUAUCACCCGUGUGUUUGACAGUUGAUGAGUGUCUAGACAUGCAUGUGUGCGCAUGGGCUCCAGAUGUUCACUUUUGGUAUGGAUUUGCCCUCUGUACAUUAUGUGCUCCAGCAAGUGUUCAGCAGAUGUUUCGAGGGAUUCAUUAAGUUUAAUGAAUGCAUGGGAUGAUUUAAGAUUAAGAAAGGCAUGCCAACCAAGCAGUUUUGGAUUUGCAUUAUCCAAGAAGAGGGAUAGAGAGCUCUUUGUACAGUUGUACCUUGGGUUACAGACGCUUCGGGUUACAGAUGCUUCAGGUUACAGACUCUGCUAACCCAGAAAUAGUACCUCGGGUUAAGAACUUUGCUUCAGGAUGAGAACAGAAAUCGUGCAGCGGUGGUGCAGUGGCAGCGGGAGGCCCCAUUAGCUAAAGUGGUGCUUCAGGUUAAGAACAGUUUCAGGUUAAGACUGGACCUCCGGAAUGAAUUAAGUUCUUAACCCGAGGUACCACUGUAAUAUGAAACAUGCCUUUUUAAGGCAUCAUCCCUUGGUCUCACCCGGAUGACCUCUACACCACAGUGCUAUGCACAGUUGCACAUAAGUAAUCUACCUGGGCACAGCUCUUUCUCUCUCUAAAUUGCCAAGUGGUGUAUAAUAAGUCUGAUUGUUGUGUGAAGCACAACUGAAAUGCACAAACCAAUCAAAACACACAUACAUAAAGCCAUUAUUAAAAACAAGAAUAAAAUUAACGGAACAUUUAAACUGGGUGUAUCUCAAGUAACCUUGAGGGUAACUUAGAUUAGGCUACUGCCCUGCAUUGUAUGGGAGGGGGGGCUGCCUUUGUAGACUUCUCAGAAACUUUGCUUACUAAUGUUACAGCUAAGUGACUUACUAGCACUGGUUACACAGAAAAAAAGGUAAAGGUAGGGAUGUGGGUGGCGCUGUGGUCUAAACCACUGAGCCCCUUGGGCUUGCCGAUCAGAAGGUUGGCAGUUCGGAUCCCCGCUCCCGGUGAGCUCCCGUUGCUCUGUCCUAGCUCCUGCCAACCUAGCAGUCUGAAAGCACGCCAGUGCAAGUAAAUAAAUAGGUACUGCUAUGGCAGGAAGGUAAAUGGCGUUUCCAUGCGCUCUGGCUUCCGUCACGGUGUUCUGUUAUGCCAUAAGUGGUUUAGUCAUGCUAUCCAGAUGACCUGGAAAGCUGCCUGUGGACAAAUGCCGGCUAUCUCAGCCUGAAAGCGAGAUGAGUGCCGCAACCCUAUAGUCACCUUUAACUAGACUUAACCGUCCAGGGGUCCUUUACCUUUUUUGCCUUUAUACAGAGCCCAUUGCAUCAGUUCUUACACAAUCUUUUUCUGAAAUUGCUUUGUAACGUGAAUAUAAAGUUGACACCAUUCAGAAUGUUCAUUUGAAUUGGGCUAAACAUGCUGUAGAGUACAUAACCAGCAAUAUGGAAACCCCGCUGAGAUACUAUCAUAUUUUCUUUUUCUGCCCCUAAUUGCUGCCUGGGUUAAGCAGAUCCUGGUUGAAGCAACAAUUGAAAAGAAUCAAAUGAGAAAACAAGGUGUGUUUUUAUUGGAAACAUGUUACCUUGUGAAAUGCAGUUUAUAAUUUUAAAAUUAGAUUCUGGAAUUGCAUCUGUUUCAAACGUUGUGCUCUAAUGAAUGGCAGGUUUAAAGGGACAAGUGGGCAAGCAAAAUAUAGCAGGUGUGGGGCACAGCAUUUUGGAAGGCUUUGCUGUGAUGGUCCUUUCCCAACGUUUCAUGCCAAUAUGGCAAAUCUAAUUAGAAGGGAUGUAUUUCAGUUCAGCUGAAUGGGAGACUCAAGCUUGUACUUGUGUUUUUCAUGCUGAAAUCAAUGAAACUCCAGCCUUGUUCAGGCAUUUGCCUUGUUCAAGAGGAGUGGCGCGCGGGCACCCUUACUAGCCCUGCCCCCACAAGCUUCUCCUGGCCACCUUUGCAUGCUGAACUGGAAGAAGGGGGAAUCUUUGCAUGUUCACCGAAAUGUGCUUAGAAUCUUCUGCAUGAUCAGGAGUCCUGUGCAUUCAGUGUCCUUUUUCACACAGAGGAUUCUAAGUGUAUUGAGCUGAAUGUGCAAGCAUUGCCCCCUUCAGACAUGCAAAAUUUGUUAAUGAAGGAAUGGGUUUCCCAAAACCCAAAACUGACUGCGCAGGCAGUUUUAAACUGCACCAAAAUCCCUAUUUUUCCUUAGCUAAAAUGCAUAAACUUGAGCCGUUGAGCAAAUGCAUAACAAGAACACAGCUCUCUCCUUUAUCAGUUGUGACGUCAAGGAUGACCCUGACUGUACCAGUAGAACAGAGAAAACACGUUUGUGCCUUAUCUUAUGUUCUGACCACAAAGGCGCACAGACCCAAGUCUGGGAACAACGCCAGAAGCGUGUUCUCGGAGAUGAUGACCUCUUCCUCCAAGAUAAGAGUAGGAAGAGGAAGAUCCUUUUAUGGUCAGAAUUACAGGAAGGAAUUCCCUUUUAUGGUUAAGAAUACCAAAGCAAGAACAUAUGUGAUGUCAACCUGCGUACAUAGGCUGACGUGGUUGGAUUCCUGGGGAAGGAGGGAGAGGGUGUCUGGAGGAUAUAUAUACUGCAUGAAACUUCUCAUUUCUUUGGACUUGCUGUGGGCUCACCACACAAGUGCCUUCUGCUAUCCGGAGAGCAGAAUAAACUCUUUCUUGGAAUCAACCUUGGUGUCAUUUGACUUCCUUCCUCCAGUCCUGGAGCAACGCAGACCCAAUUGAUGAACUCCAAUAAGGCUACAUUUCAACUUGUUUUAAUUCUCAAUUUUAAAUGGAUGCAACCCACUCUGGGAUCUGCUGGUGAAGGGUGUUCACUAUUAUGCCAUUCAAGUGUGCCAGUCAGUAAUCACACGGUUCAAAGAUGGAGUUAAUUAUUUGUUAGCAAAAACACUUGAGUGUUGGGCCUAAUGAGCAGAGCAGACCCCCCCUCCCAGUAGGCCUUACCCCAUGAAACUAGUUGCCCCUGCUUCCUCACAGCUGUCUAAAUCCUCUCCUCUCCAGGGCUUCUUGCAAGCAAUUGGAGACUGCUCCUGCAUGCAGUCUGUUGCUGCUCCACCCUUUUCAGCCCUCUUCUGGUUCUAGGAGACCAGGGGGAAGAGAGCUUGUUAUAGCAGGAGAAGGAGACACCCGUGACUCUUCACCAGCCUGACUCCUCUGCCUCUUGGCCUCGUACUCCCCUGCUUCAGCUUCUGCCUCUGACUUUGCACUUCUCUCUGCCACAGACUCUCCCAGCUCACUGAGCCCUGUUACCUUCAGCUUCUGACACCUCCUCCUCCCAGUCAUCUCUGAACACUCGUUGUCGUCCCACCAUUCCCCUGACUCCGAGCCCUCUUCCAUUAGGGGGUUCCCCAGCUGGUUCCUCCCACCAUGUUGAUGCAUCAAACCAGUCCGUGGCAUGUUAGUAGCCUGUACGGCACACAGGGAAUCACUAUGAGUAGCAGAGCUAGCUCCACACAUUCCUGCUUGUUCCUUCAGGCACUAUAAGUGCCUUUAUUCGUCUUGAUUAUGCCAUAAUGAUACAGGCAGGGCUUUGUGUGUGUUUGUGACAGUACUCCGUGGUAGAAGGUACUGACGCCUCUUUUCUUUGCUGCCCAUGGCAGCCAUUUUCUGGAGUUGCCCAUGGCACUACCAUGCUGUGUUGCAAGCCCUGCUUCUUCACUGUUUCUAUUGGGCUGCUUAAGGAGUAACCAAUGUAAAGGUAAAAGGUAAAGGGACCCCUGACUAUUAGGUCCAGUCAUGACCGACUCUGGGGUUGCGGCGCUCAUCUCGCUUUAUUGGCUGAGGGAGCCGGCAUACAGCUUCCGGAUCAUGUGGCCAGCAUGACUAAGCCGCUUCUGGCGAACCAGAGCAGCACACGGAAACACCGUUUACCUUCCCACCAGAGCGGUACCUAUUUAUCUACUUGCACUUUGACGUGCUUUCAAACUGCUAGGUUGGCAGGAGCAGGGACUGAGAAACAGGAGCUCACCCCGUCGCGGGGAUUCGAACCACCGACCAUCUGAUCGGCAAGCCCUAGGCUCUGUGGUUUAACCCACAGCGCCACCCGCGUCCCUAGUAACCAAUGUAGUGCCCAACAUACAUUGUUAGACUACAUCUCCCAUCAUCCUUGGCCACUGGCAAGCAUGUUGUGCAGCAUGUGCAUGUUGCAGCAGAAUUUUGAGAGGGCCUGGCCCCCCCUUGGAAAUUGGGGGUGUGUGUCAUCCCCCCCCCGAUGGCACCCAUGUAUCCAGGGCUUUGUAAAAGUAAAAACAACAGGUUGCCCAUCUGUGGUUUAGCUGUUUACAUUAACAGUAGUUCAGAUUUAAUAAAAAGUAAUCGUAUCAAAUCAAAUAGCUCUGUGUAAAAGGAUUUGAAAGAACGGGAUAAUGAAUUUGUCAUGGCUUCUGUCAUGAGAAUACAAGCAGUGAGAAUCAUCGUUCAUUCUACGAUGUUUUACUCUGAGACAAUUUAAAGCAAAAGCCUCUAAAAACCAAUCUGUGAACAACAAACACUGUUUGGUAAAUGUACAGGGGACAGUGGAAACGCAAGGAUAGCAGCUGUUACACUUUGUAGGCCAGGUAAUAAGGGAGGUUUAAAUGCACCUGAUCUCCAGCUUUAAUCUCCAACUUUAGUCCUCCAGCCAUACCGAAAGAUAGCUUAAGGGAGAUCUGAAUGCACCUGAUCUCCCGGUUUAUGAAGCAACACAAAGGCACUCGAGAUUUCUAAUGGCUGAGUCACUGGGCCAUACCAAAGGCUCACUUGAGAUUUGUUUUGUCUGAAUCGUCAAGUCAAAAUAAAUGAUUGUAUUUUGAAAGAUCAUAUACUGUUGGUUAUACCUGGGAGGGAAUGAUUAUUUACUUAUUUUAUUUGAUGUGCAUCUCCCAAGUCAAUGCGCAAACUGCAAGCAUAAAAAUACAUUAACAUAAUAAGACUUUAAAAAUUACACCCACAAACCCAGCAAUUACAUUAACAUACAAUCUGGCACAUACAAAAAACCAUUUCCAAUAAAACAUGAAAUUCUAUACAAUUUGAGAAAAGGCAAAUUCAGACCACAGCCUCAUUCCUUGAAAAACAAAUUAUUUUAAUUUGACAUUGCUUGCAUGACAUCAAUGGUGAAAAUUUUUGCUCCAAGUAUUUCAGUCUGAAUUUCUCUCAUUUUUUGAACUUGGGUGACAAGUUACUUCCUUUCCUGAAUGAUGGAGAUGGGUAAGGUUCACAGACCCUGUGGCGUGGUCCUUACAACACAGAAGGUGUUGCUGUAAUAAUAAUUUUAAAAAGGACCCAGAGUCCUAUUUCUAUUUUGUGGUAUCUACACUUGUAACCAUGUCUUAUCAGGGGAAAGGGAAUUAUUGUCCAGAUCUGUAGGAACCUUACAAGUUUGAAAGGUUAAUAAUAAUAAUAAAUUUAUUACUUAUAUUUCGCCCAUCCCCCUGGGCCUCCCCAACCACUCUGGGUGGCUUCCAAAAGGACACCAAAAACACUGCUGGGCUCAGUCCUCUAUUUAUAUUGACGCUGACCAAUUAAAAAUAAAUAAAGCAAACCAAGUUCUAAAAGAUGUCUGGUAAAGAUGAUACAAAUAUGGAAAUAUAGUAGACUGAGUUUGAUCUCUGGUGACCCUGAAAAGAGAACAUUGGUGGUUAUUCCUGAAAUGAGUGGUUAAUGAAGGAUUCCUUGACGUCUUGCUGUUUUUGUAAUUGAAAAAUUCUCCAGCUGAAGUGGUUUAAUAAAAACAACAACCAAUAUUCUCAAAUGGUGGGGAAUUGUGUGUUUUAGUAGUCUCCUAAUUAAUUUGAUUUCUCUCUCUCUAGGGAAUCCGAGGAGUCACACACAAGGAUGUCAUUCAGGAUGUGUGUGCCUAGAGGGAAGCUAAAUCCCCUGUUUGCCAAUGAUCUAGAGACUUUUAAAAACUUGCGACACAGACUUAUGAUUUUAUAG